AGUGUGCAAAUCCCUUUGCUGAGUCUGCAAUGCUCUUUUCUCUCCCUCUCAUUCUUUCCCUCCUCCCUCCCUCCCUCCUCCUCCUCCCUCUCCCAAGCCCCACCCAGCAUAAUGUGACUGUCAGCCCUUGGGUUCUGUGUGGGAUAAAAACUUUUCGCGCACCUCCCGAACAUUUCAUUUAAUUAAAAAAAAAACCAACGCAAAACCGCAGCGCUGCUAGCUGGAAGGAACGAGAGCCUCGGCUGAGCACCACAGGCAAAGCGGACGACGCCUCUGGAGAAGGAUUACAUACAUAUUUUUCCUCCCUCUUUGUAGGGAAGGGGCGAGAUUCACCUUGUGCUUUUUUUUCUUCCCCCUUGCCACAUCCGCAAGAAAGGAUCUUUUCUUCUCCCGAAGGGUUUCCCCGACACGUGAGGACCUGCCAACCCGUCUGGAGACAAAGGAUACAAUUUUCCGCUUUGGGGAGAAAUUUCCUGAAAGGGUUUUUUAUUUCGUUUUCGGGAGCGAUUCGGAGGAGAAGGCGGCGUCUCCUGGCGGAUUUUGGUGAGUCCCUUUAUGGCCCGACGCGGUUUGGGUUCUCUUGUAAGGAGAUCCUUUUCCCCACACCCCACACCCGGGCGGUGGGGCCCGUCCGUGCCUGGCUCUUGCUCCUCCGGGGUCGAAUCCUGCGCCGCUUCGGCAGUUCUUUCCCCCACCCAUUCCCACCCCCCAUCUCGAAGGGAAAUGCGCUCAAAGGGGCUCCUCUCCAAACCGGCUAGACAAAAGAGUUCCCAGGGAAACGCCUGGCUUCGCUCAAGCCUCCUUCCCGUGGAUCACAUUUCAGAAGAUCCCUUUGACAUUUUCCAUGUCGUCGCUGGGGCUUCUGUGAGGAGAAGGGGUAGGGGGGGUGGGGGCAGGCAGGCAGAAAUCAAAACCAGUCUUUCCACCAUGAAAAAUCCGUCAAGCGUUUGAGUUUCAAUUGCUACUGCGGCUGUGCGUUUUUACGCACGCACUGGUCUAGCGAACAGACAGACUCACACGGGUCUAUUGUACACGAACGCACGUCUGUUUCGUGCACACACGGGUCUAUCUCUCUCUCUCACACACACACACGUCUGCCUUACAAGCCCACAGAUAGAGCGUCAAUUCACACAUACACGUAACCCAUGAGACUUGCUUCACUGAGUAAGCUUGCAAAGCGCGCGCCGUCGUGGAGCUUACUCCCGAGUAAGCGGGGAAAGCGCCUCAGAUCGGGCCUCCUGAAGUCCCACGAACUAGCAGCCCAAUGGAUCUUUGAAUUCUCUCUCUGCUCCCCCCCUUUAUAAAGAAAUUUCACCGGGUUAUCGGGAAGGCUCUCCGAAGGAUACCCUGUCAUUUUUUUUGGAGAGGGGGCUCUUGCGGAGGGCGGGGGGGAGGAGGAGACUCACACCAUUCAUCAAAAGCUCCUUUCUUUUACAUCCGAGUCCACCCCACUCCUACCCGCCCUUGCCGUGUUAGAGAGAGCCAGAGACUCCUCAAGAAUAAUCUUCUGUUCUUGCGGAUAAGAGACUCAGCCAAAUUCCGGGGUGGGGGGCGGGUGGCCCCCUCCGCCCAAACAAGAUUAACACCCCCAAUACACACCAAUAGAAUAUAUAUAUGUGUGUGUGUGUGUUCAGCAUCCAUUUAUCCUGUUUAAAUGCAGAUGCAGAGAGCACUGCGGUCAUGAGACCAAAACCAUUUGAGAUUUUAUUGGAGGGGGGGGUCGCGAGAGAAAUAAUAAUCCUCCUGGUCUGCUGGAUCUGUCGGGGGUGCCGAAAAAAAGAGACUUGUUUGCUCUUUAGCUUUCCCAACACAGCCCAACCUAAGCUCCAUUCCUUGAGGGCUUAAUUCACACACACACGGGUGUUUCUCAGGAAGCCGCAAAACUGCAAAAUUAUUUAAACAAUUUUUGGGUUUGGGUGGGUGGGUGUUUUCUUCAUUGUUUGAGGGGGGGUUGUUAUAACACCGCCUCUCUCCGCUUGUCUUUCCGUGGACUUAUCUGUCCCUCUGCGGAAAUGGAAGGCAAAUUUGUGCCUUAAAUUUGUGGAAAGAAAACCACUUUUGGAGAGGAAAAAAUUAGAUUUGGAAACUCGAGUCCGUAAUCUAACUGGCUUAUUUUUCAAGACAUUGCUCGAUUCAGCUGUGGGGUUUGGGGGGGGCGGAUUUUUGCUUUGCCAAAAACUGGGGAGGCGGAGGAGCCAUAGACAGGCCCCACACCCUGAAAUAUAUUCUGCCCACGUAGAUAUUCCUCUCCGUGCGUCUCCCACCCGCUCGCAUUGUUAACGCUGCCCAUUCAUCUGGUCUCCCGUUCCCCCCGCCCUCUUCCUCUUCCCACCCCGUAUUUCCAUAACCCGAUCAAAAGGGGGGGGUCUACUUUAGCCUCCAAGGACACAAGACCCCCCCCCGCCCUUAUGCCUCGAGGGCGCCGCUUCCAGAAGGGGGUUCCUGGGCUCAUAUGUCACAGUGGGGAGGCUGGGAACCCGCAGAGACUGCGGCAGCACCUUAAUUUCGGUUCUGGAAAGGGGCAGGGGCUCAGCCCCCACCUGGCUGACCUAAGCACCUUGCACUUUGAACCCCAGCCGCAUGAGAACCACCAUUGUUUGCUCCCUGGCCAAAUGUAGUCUGUGUGUAUUCAGAAGCCUGCAAGAAAACUAGCCCUGUGUUUGGUUAGUAGUGGAGAAUAGCCUUGGCCCUGUGUGUGUGUGUGUGUGUGUGUGUGGUUUUCCAGACUUUAUUUCUUAUUCAUUGCACUUAUAUGGCACCUUUCUCAAGGUGACGCGGGUGGCGCUGUGGGUUAAACUACAGAGCCUAGGACUUGCCGAUCAGAAGGUCGGCGGUUCGAAUCCCCGCAAUGACGUGGUGAGCUCCCGUUGCUCGGUCCCUGCUCCUGCCAAGCUAGCAGUUCGAAAGCGCGUCAAAGUGCAAGUAGAAAAAUAGGUACCACUCCGGUGGGAAGGUAAACAGCGUUUGUGUGUGCUGCUCUGGUUUGCCAGAAGCGGCUUAGUCCUGCUGGCCACGACCCAGAAGAUGUACGCCAGCUCCCUCGGCCAAUAAAGCGAGAUGAGUGCCGCAACCCCAGAGUCGGCCACGACUGGACUUAAUGGUCAGGGGUCCCUUUACCUUCUUCUCAAGGUAGAGCACCUAGUUCUUCCCCUCCUCAUUUAAUCCCCAAAAACAACCCUGUGAGGUGGAUCAGGCUGAGAGGCAGCGGCUGCCCCCACCCCAAAGCCCCUCAGCUCCGUGGCUGAGCGAGGAUUCGAACCCUGGUCUCUCCCAGCCUAACCACCGCACCGCAAUGGCUCUCCGUUGUUCCAGGCAACCAUUGCAAUUGCCUCUUUUGCAAGCCUGUUGUGCCCAUUUCACACACCUGUUCCACUGAGGCACCAGGUUUCCUUUCCCUGCUGAAAUAAGCCAGAGUACUCCCUUAUCUAAUAACCUCCGUGGGAGAAAGAGGAGAGGCUGGAGGCUGGGAUCUCUUUGCUCUGAGGACUUCUGGAGGUGGGAAGUAUCGCAUAAAUCUUUCCCUGCGCCUUUGGUUAAGAAAGGAGGCGAGUGGGCGAGCCAAGAAUGUGUCAUUCGGGCAAUCGGGUUCGUUUUAUUUUAUUCCCCCCCCCCCCGAAACGCCCAGUGCAGUUGGCAGAGGCUUUUGAGUACGGCACGGGGCACCCUCCUGCCUCGCCGCUUUUGGACCCGCGCACACCUCGAGCGUCAGGGGGGGCAAAGCCGCGACGACGCUCUUGUGUUUCACGGAAGGUCGUUCGCGCUGCUGGCAAAGGUGGGGCUGGCAUGACCCUCUUUUGCCAGGCGUCGCAAGCUUCCGGGUGGCCGGGGACUCCUCGUCAGAGAAGGACGAAGAGCCCAGUGUGACCCAGAAGCUUGCUCUUAGGCCAAAGAGGUGCCAAUCUUCCACGGAAGCUGAGUGUGGCACUCGCAGUCUGCUAGGACCUUAGGCUUACUGGGCCAAAGUUGGGGGCAAAGGGAGGGUCUCUAGAAUGGCUAGCGGGUAUUCCUCACCCGGCAGCCUCCUGUUCCUGCGAGGUAGGACCGUGCGUAAAAAAGCACUCUCUUGUGGGGAGAGGGGUGGCAUUUCCUGGCUCCUGUGUCUUCCGCUUAACUCUUUCCACGCCUUCCAGCGGUGGCAGUGUACAUCCCAUAAUUCUCCUGCUUCCCUUUAUUUUGCCAAAAAAGAAUCUCUCUCUCUCUCUCUCUCAGGCCUGCUUUGCAGAUCUGCACGCCACAUUUAAAGCACAUUCGGUGCCCAUUUAAAGCACCCGCCACACAAAGAAUCGUGGGAACUGUAGUUCCAGGGCGCUGGGGAUUGAGGCUCGGUGGCGGAGCAAACUACAGUUUCCAGAAUUCUUUGGUGGGGAGGUCAGGUGCUUAAAAUGCACAGGGCAAGGGCCUUUGUUUUGGAAUCUAUCUGCAAUGCUUUUCCUCAGCAGCAAACUGCACUCUACACACGCCCCUUUUCCUUUUGCGCGGCUGAGCCCGCUUUGGACUGAAGAGAGCAGAGUCCCUGUGACAUACCGUAUUUUUCGCUCUAUAAGACGCACCAGACGACAAGACGGACCUAGUUUUUGGAGGAGGAAAACAAGCAAAAAAAUAUUCUGAAUCUCAGAAGCCAGAACAGCAAGAGGGAUCGCUGCGCAGCGAAAGCAGCAACGCCUCUUGCUGUUCUGGCUUCUGUUGAUAGCUGCACCGCCUGCAUUCGCUCCAUAAGACUCACACACAUUUCCCCUUACUUUUUAGGAGGGAAAAAGUGAGUCUUAUAGAGCAAAAAAUACGGUAUUCAGGUGUAGAUUUAUUUGGGUAGGUGAGCAUCUCUUGCUCCCAAACCCCUUGCAAGCCUCUUCCUGAAAGGGCACUUGCUAUGUGUUAAACCCCAAUACGCAGAGUUAAAUGUAAAGGGACCCCUGACCAUUAGGUCCAGUCGUGACCGACUCUGGGGUUGCGGCGCUCAUCUUGCUUUAUUGGCCGAGGGAGCCGGCGUACAGCUUCCGGGUCAUGUGGCCAGCAGGACUAAGCCGCUUCUGGUGAACCAGAGCAGUGCACGGAAAUGCCGUUUACCUUCCCGCCAGAGUGGUAUCUAUUUAUCUACUUGCACUUUGACGUGCUUUCGAACUGCUAGGUUGGCAGGAGCAGGGACCGAGCAACAGGAGCUCACCCCGUCGCGGGGAUUCAAACUGCUGACCUUCUGAUCGGCAAGUCCUAUAGACUCUGUGGUUUAAACAGAGUUAGGUUUAAGCAGAAUUAGGCCCGUUGAAAUUAAAGGACUUAAACCAACCAUGCCCUUCACUUUAAACCCGCAAGUAGGAAUUAGAUAUAUGACUUGGGUAUUUUGGAUCUUUAAAAAAUCUACCUCCCUCUGAAAAGCAGGUCAAAAACAGGGAGGAACAUUCUUUUUUUAAAAAAAUCUGCAUCAAAGAUGUACCGUUUUGCUUACAAAACUCUCUUAAACUGACAUACAGCCCCCCCCUUUAAAAAAAAAUCUGGGAUCGCCCAAGGCGGUUCACCACCACAGAGGGGAUUUUAGCUCUUUGGCCUGGCCACCCCUCGUGACUCCCCACCCCCAAAUAUGCCUUAACCCCCCCCCCCAAAUGCACCUAUUGUUCCUGGGGCUUUAAAAUUUCCCCUUUCCCCACCAGGGGGUGCCCUUGUUUUGCUGGCUCAAUCCAGAGCCGCUCCAGAUCAGGUCCCCGUUCCCUUUCGGCUGACAAUAAGACAACAGAGCCGAAUAAGGUCCUUGCCCGAAGAAGCACGUUCAGGACCCAAAGGGGCUUUGCUCAGCACGGACAGGAUCGGGCCACCCUUCAGUAGCUUCCCAGAAAAAAAGGAGGAGGAGGAGGCGUUGGGAAUAAAAACCCCAAGAUCUCGCCAUCACUGUGCGUCACGACCUCAAAGGACCCCAGAUUUUAAACCUGUGGGUGUCAGAUUAUAGAUGACACGGCUUCGUAGGGGUUCCUCGUCAUCUUGCUGCUUGCGUUAUCCUCUCCCACCAAAACCCACCGUUCCCAGAGAAUAAUAUUCCCCCUGCUGGUAAAAUUGUUCCGCUUGUCUCUAGAUCACUCCAACUCAGAUUUCUUAAGAAGUGUGCAUGCGCACGAAAGCUCACGCCAAUAACAAACUUAGUUGGUUUCUAAGGUGCUACCUUAGACGCGGGUGGCGCUGUGGGUUAAACCACAGAGCCUAGGACUUGCCAAUCAGAAGGUCGGCGGUUCGAUUCCCCGCGAUGACGGGGUGAGCUCCCGUUGCUCGGUCCCUGCUCCUGCCCACCUAGCAGUUCGAAAGCACGCCAGUGCAAGUAGAUAAAUAGGUACCGCUCCGACGGGAAGGUAAACGGCGUUUCCGUGCGCUGCUCUGGUUCGCCAGAAGCGGCUUAGUCCUGCUAGCCUCAUGACCCGGAAGCUGUACGCCGGCUCCCUCGGCCAGUAAAGCCAGAUGAGCGCUGCAACCCCAGGGUCGGUCACGACUGGACCUAAUGGUCAGGGGGGUCCCUUUACCUUUACCUUUAAAGUGCUACUGGAAGGAAUUUUUGUUCUGUUUUGUUUCAGUUUUCUUACGCUAUCCUGGGUGUCUGCAGAGCUGGAGGGGGGGCUGCCGUUUUAUCUAAGACCCCCAGGGCCCAUCUGCCCUCUGCGUUUAAAGUGGUUAUCGCAACAUUUUAAACAGUCCCCGCAAAUACCUUAUUUUUUGCUCUAUAAGACGCACCAGACCACAAUGCGCACCUAGUUUUUGGAGGAGGAAAACAAGAGAAAAAAAUUGUCUGAAUCUCAGAAGCCAGAACAGCAAGAGGGAUCACUGCGCAGCGAAAGCAGCGAUCCCUCUUGCUGUUCUGGCUUCUGGGAUAGCUGCGCAGCCUGGAUUCGCUCCAUAAGACGCACACACAUUUCCCCUUACUUUUUAGGAGGGAAAAAGUGAGUCUUAUAGAGCAAAAAAUAAGGUAAUUAUGGGAGCUGUAGUUUGCUUAAGGCAGGCUUCCUCAACCUCAGCCCUCCAGAUGUUUUUGGCCUACAACUCCCAUGAUCCCUAGCUAGCAGGACCAGUGGUCAGGGAUGAUGGGAAUUGUAGUCUCAAAACAUCUGGAGGGCCGAGGUUGAGGAGGCCUGGCGUAGGGUACUAGAGAGUUUGGAGACACACAUACACACACACAAUUCCCCUCCCAAUUCCCACAGUGGUUUAACGACCAGCUCCUUUUCCCUGGGAAUUCUGGGAAUCGUAGCUCUGGGAGGGAGAAUACGCCCCCCCCCAAAAAAACCCAACAACCUAUCAGUGCCCUUAACAAACUGCAUCUCCCAAAAUUCUUGACUAUUUAAAGUGGUAUCAUAUGGUGUAAAUACAGCCAUGGUCCCCUCCUGCAAAGGAUUCUGGGAAGUGUAGUUUGUUAAGGAUGCUGGGAGCUGUUGGGAGACGCCCCUGUUCCCUUCCAGAGCUGCCGUUCUCAGCGUUGAUUGACAGUUCAUCCUGUUUCCCAGGGAAUUCUGGGAACCGUGACACUCUGAGAGGACCAGAGGGUCUCCUAAGGCAGUGGUUCUCAACCUGUGGGUCCCCAGAUGUUGUUGGACUACAACUCCCAUCAUCCCUGAGCUCUGGCCUUGCUAGCUAGGGGUGAUGGGAGUUGUAAUCCAACAAUAUCUGGGGACCCACGGGUUGAGAAAGGCUGGCUUAAGCUCAGCUUACACCACGCUUCCUCAACCAGAUGUUUUGGCCUACAACUCCCAUGAUCCCUUGCUAGCAGGACCAGUGGUCAGGGAUGAUGGCAAUUGUACUCUCGAAACAUCUGGAGGGCCGAGGUUGAGGAAGCCUGGCUUAUGCAGACUCUAUGGAAGAGCUUCCCCUCUAUCCUCUUAGCUCAGUGGUUCCCCAGAUGUUGUUGGACUACCACUCCCAUCAUCCCUGAGCUCUGGCCUUGCUAGCUAGCUAGGGGUGAUGGGAGUUGUAGUUCAACAACAUCUGGGGACCCACAGGUUGAGAAAGGCUGUCCUAAGGGCUCUGAGCAGCCCUAGCAAACUACAUUACCCAGGAUUCUCUGGGAGAAGACCUGUUUAAAGUGGUAGCACGCUGCUUUUCUGUGCUUAGUCCCAUUCUCUGCCUUUGUCCUCCAAUCCAAGGCCCUUUCUCUUGCAACUCUUCGAAAUCCCUUUCAGCAAAUUCUGCCUCUCUUCAGCCAGGGCUUUUAGACCCUUAAUCCAGGAAGCUGUGAAGAAAAUGUGCUUGCACCACAGAAAAGCCACAUUACUUUCCCAGAGAUGGGCUGGAGCUGGAAUUUUAUCCAAACCCACUAGAAAAAACCUGGAGAGCUUUUGCCCAUCAUUGUAGACAAACCUCAAAUGGAUGGGCCAGUGGUGUGACACAGUAAAAGGCAGUUCCCUAUGUCCCCAUCAGCCCCAGACAGUGUUAGAAACUCAGAUAUAAACAGUAAACUUGCCGAUCAGAAGGUCGGCGGUUCGAAUCCCCGCAAUGACAGGGUGAGCUCCCGUUGCUCGGUCCCUGCUCCUGCCCACCUAGCAGUUCGAAAGCACGUCAAAGUGCAAGUAGAUAAAUAGGUACCACUCCGGCGGGAAGGUAAACGGCGUUUCCGUGCGCUGCUGUGGUUCGCCAGAAGCGGUUUAGUCAUGCUGGCCACAUGACCCAGAAGCUGUACGCCGGUUCCCUUGGCCAGUAAAGCGAGAUGAGCGCCGCAACCCCAGAGUCGGCCAUGACUGGACCUAAUGGUCAGGGGUCCCUUUACCUUAAACUGAGGAUAUGGUUGCCACAAUGGACUGUCAAGGCGCCAUUCCACCCCCAUGGACAUCAUUCUUCUUCUUCUUCUUCUUCUUCUUCUUCUUCUUCAUUUGAUGUAUAUUUCAAGGGGGGUGCCUCAAAGCCAUUUAGAGCACAUGAAAAUAUCAAAACAAUCCAGAAUACAACAGAUUCAAGGAAAAUAUUUCAGAUCCUUCUCUAAGGGACAUUUUUGCUUUCCCCCUAUUUAUUUACCUACAUAAUUUAUAGAGCUGCCCCAUAGCAGACGUGCUCUAGGAAGCCGGUGGGGUGUAGUAGUGGUUAGAGCAGGGGACAGCAAACUUUUUAAGCAGGGGGCCGGUCCACUGUCCCUCAGACCUUGUGGGGGGCCGGACUAUAUUUUGGAAAAAGAAAAAGAAAACAACGAAUUCCUAUGCCCCACAAAUAACCCAGAGGUGCAUUUUAAAUAAAAGGACACAUUCUACUCAUGAAAAAACAUGCUGAUUCCUGGACCGUCCGCAGGCCGGAUUGAGAAUGCGAUGGGGCCGGAUCCGACCCCCAGGACUUAGUUUGCGUAUUCAUGGGUUAGAGUGUCAGGCUAGUACCUGGGAGAUCAGAGUUCGAAUCCCCACUCUGCUAGGAAGCUCACUGGGUGAACUUAGAGUCAGUCGCGACCUCUUAGGCAUUUCUAACGCUGUGUCACUGUAAGCAAUAUUGAGCUAGAAUCGAUGGACCUGUGGUCUGAUUUGGUAUAAGGUCCCUGUGCCCCUAUUUGCGAAGGGUCGUAGAAGAAUGGAUGCUUUUGAAUUCUGGUGCUGGAGGAGACUCUUGAGAGUCCCAUGGACUGCAAGGAGAUCAAACCUCUCCAUUCUUAAGGAAAUCAGCCCUGAGUGCUCACUGGAAGGACAGAUCCUGAAGCUGAGGCUCCAAGACUUUGGCCACCUCAGGAGAAGAGAAGACUCCCUGGAAAAGACCCUGAUGUUAGGAAAGAUGGAGGGCGCAAGGAGAAGGGGACGACAGAGGACGAGAUGGUGGGACAGUGUUCUCGAAGCGACCAGCAUGAGUUUGGCCAAACUGCGGGAGGCGGUGGAAGACAGGAGGGCCUGGCGUGCUCUGGUCCAGGGGGUCACAAAGAGGCGGACACGACUAAACAACAACAACAAAAAGAGUUUUGAUUUACUUAAAGCACCUCUUUCUGCCCCUGAACAGGAAGGUUAAGACAAGGAAGUACUGUAUUUUUUGCUCUAUAAGACUCACUUUCCCCCCCCAAAAAAGUAAGGGGAAAUCUGUGUGCGUCUUAUGGAGCGAAUGCAGGCUGCGCAGCUAUCCCAGUAGCCAGAACAGCAAGAGGGAUUGCUGCUUUCACUGCGCAGCGAUCCCUCUUGCUCUUCUGGCUCCUGAGAUUCAGAAUAUUUUUUUUCUUGUUUUCCUCCUCCAAAAACUAGGUGCGUCUUGUGGUCUGGUGCGUCUUAUAGAGCGAAAAAUACGGUAUUUCUUGAUGCAGAGCAGCCUGGUUUGGCCAAGGACAGGUGCAAGCUUGCGGGUAUAACAGAGCGCUGGCGACGAAGAGCCCUGUGAAACCGCCAAGCUUGCCUGUUCUCUACACCAAUUAGUCCCAGCAAAGGAACCCCCGUGUUGAUCUCCUUUGGGGAUCUCAGCUUAGCAACCACACAGCUUUGAUGGCUUUAUCAACACACUGGUGAUAAGGUAAAGUUAAAGGGACCCCUAAGCAUUAGGUCCAGUCGUGGCCGACUCUGGGGUUGCGGCGCUCAUCUCUCUUUACUGGCCGAGGGAGCUGGCGUACAGCUUCCAGGUCAUGUGGCCAGCAGGACUAAGCUGCUUCUGGCAAUCCAGAGCAGCGCACGGAAACGCCGUUUACCUUCCCGCCGAAGUGGUACCUAUUUAUCUACUUGCACUUUGAUGUGUUUUCAAACUGCUAGGUUGGCAGGAGCUGGGACCGAGCAACGGGAGCUCACCCCAUCAUUGCGGGGAUUCGAACCGCCAACCUUCUGAUCGGCAAGCCCUAGGCUUUGUGGUUUAACCCACAGCGCCACCUGCGCCCCAUGAUAUAGCUCUACUUUAAAAAAAUGGUUCUGGGACCCUACAGUUCUGUGGGGCACAGAUGUAUUUAUUUCUGAUUAAUUCUGCAAAAGCAGGGAGGACCGCAGUACAGGGCUGUUGUAAUAUUUUGUUGCAGGGGAAUAUUUUGGGAUUACUUAAUAACGAGUAGAGAUUGGGUUUGUCUGGAUACAACCAGGAAGCCGGUUUUCCCCUUCUGGACUUCUGUGUAUUUGCACAAGAGGUUUAGCAGAACAAACUCUGCGCAUGCUCAGAGGCACUAUCAAUCAGCGAAUACUCAUUCAGAACAGGUCUUAGGGGCAAGACCUUGAUCGGGGAGUUUAGGGAGGGUGGGUCAGUGAGCAAGGGAAUAUUCUGCAAGGCUCUAUCAGUCUGGAUAGACAGAAAUGGGAAGACAUGAGGAGGGGAGUCAGUUUUGAGUUUUUCUCGCCAGGUGUCUCCUGAAAAAAAAACCUAAUUAUAAAUACCCCUUGCUCAAAUGUGGAAGGCAUGUGAAGAAUUUCAAGUUACCCUGUGAAAACUCAAACUUUCUCCUCCCCCAAAUGAAUGGGACAGGGAAAGCAUUUAAUAAUAAUAAUAAUAAUAAUAAUCACUUUAAAACAACUCUCAUAAUUUAAAUUAUCACCGUCUUCAUAAAUCAAGACAAUAAAUAAUGCCUGUUUACAAGAAACAAAUAAAGGAGAAUUAUAUUUCCAGUUUUUGAGUUUCCAAGUACCUAGUCCCUGCUGGGUUUAUUUCUGUGAAGGUGCUGGCAAGCCACUCUCAUUCAGAUGAAACCACACCCUGACCAGGCGACCAGUUCAGUUGGUUGCAUUCUGUAGUGACCAUGCCUAUAGGAUUAACUUUCUAGUAUUUUGCUUUGAUACAUCCCUGCGGAGUGAGUCCUAUUUGCCCUGAGAUUUACAGAUGUCGGGUGGUAUAUAAUAAUAAUAAUAAUAAUAAUAAUAAUAGUCAGACGUACCGUGGUACCUCGGGUUAAAUACUUAAUUCGUUCCGGAGGUCCGUUCUUAACCUGAAACUGUUCUUAACCUGAAGCACCACUUUAGCUAAUGGGGCCUCCUGCUGCUGCCGCGCGAUUUCUGUUCUCAUCCUGAAGCAAAGUUCUUAACCAGAGGUACUAUUUCUGGGUUAGCGGAGUCUGUAACCUGAAGCGUAUGUAACCCGAGGUACCACUGUACUUGGUUCAUAAUUUUCAGUGAUUUGAGUUUGUGCUUUUUGAUACAGAUACCGUUUUGUCUUUCACCUCUUUGUGGGGCUCUUGGUCCAAUUAAAGGUAAAGGUGUCUCCAGCACUCCCAGGUGCCCCCUUGCCUCUUAGGUAAAGGGACCCCUGACCACUAGGUCCAGUUGUGACCGACUCUGGGGUUGCAGCGCUCAUCUCGCUUUAUUGGCCGAGGGAGCCGGCAUACAGCUUCCGGGUCAUGUGGCCAGCAGGACUAAGCCGCUUCUGGCGAACCAGAGCAGCGCACGGAAACGCCGUUUCCCUUCCCGCCGGAGCGGUACCUAUUUAUCUACUUGCACUUCGUGCUUUCGAACUGCUAGGUUGGCAGGAGCAGGGACCGAGCAACGGGAGCUCACCCCGUCAUUGCGGGGAUUCGAACCGCCGACCUUCUGAUCGGCAAGCCCUGGGCUCUGUGGUUUAACCCACAGCGCCACCCGCGUCCCAAUUUGGUCCAAUUAGCGAUGUACAAACAGUAUUGUUAAUAACAGUAAGAAACAAACUGAUAAUAACAUAGUAAUAUGUAUUGGACUGGUCGUACGCAAGAAAAGCUAUCCUAAACCUUUAAAAACUUGAUACAAUAUUGCUAUUGUAAAUUGUAUGUUAUUAUCAUGACUUAUUGUUAUUAUUAAUUUAUCAUCAUCACUUAUUACAUUUAUAUACCACUCUGCCUUUGAUGCUCUUUGUGCGUCUCAGGGCUCCAAACCUUCCCCUUAAAAAAAAGAAAAACCCACUAUUUUUCUUUUUUUAAAAAAAAAUUAAUUAGGACAAAAAAGACCAAUUGCAGUCUCCUUGCAAUUAACAUCCUCCCCAUUUGGGCUUCUAUAUAAUCUAUCUAUUCAUAAGGGAUUUGAUUUCGAUUGUAUCUUACCAGCCCAGUGGUUUUUCCUACUUCCUUCAGUUUAAGCUUGAUUUUUGCUAUAAAAAGCCGGACACGACUAAACGACUAAACAACAACAACAUAAUCUAUCUAUAAAUCCAUAUAUAUGUGUAUAUAUAGAGAGAGAGAGAGAGAGAGAAAUAUUUAUAGAUAUAUACAUAUAGAUCUAAAUACAUAUGUAUUUAUGUAUGUGUAUAUAUCUAUAUAUAUAUUUAUGUAUGUAAAUAUAUUUCUAUUUUUAUAUCUAUAUCUAUCUAUCUAUCUAUAUAUAAAUACACACACACACACACACACACAGUACAAUCGAUCUCACACACGUCUCAUUCUUUAAUACUGUAACGUUCUUUGUUGUAGGAAGAAUAUAUUAUGAAUGGCCCUUUAAAAAAAAAAAAAGACCGGGGCGGGGGAGGAAAUACGGGGGCCGGCUCUUACCCCUCCCCCUCCAAAAAAAAAAAAGGCGUGUGGGCGGAGAAGGGGGGGUAAAAAAAAACUCCAUCUUGGCCCCUCCCCCUAUGGCUCGAUGGCGCUGGUCUGCGCGGAGCAUCCGGUCUCCCUUUCCACGUGGGGGGAGAGCCGCCCGCCGGCCGCCAUUGGCCCGCCGCGGUGGCGUCUGGGCGUUCGGAGGGCUGGGAUUGGCUGGGGGGGAGAGAGCAGGAGAAAAGAAUGAAUGGGGAGGGGAGAGAGGCUCCGCCCCCGUUUGGAACGUUGAUACAUUAUAACUUUCGCUCGGCGCCGCCGCCCCGCCCCCCUCCCUUCCUCUCUUUCUCAUUCUGGCUCUUCCCUCUUUCAUCUCCUCCUCCUUUCUUCUGCGCUGGUUAGUUUCACGCCAGACCUCGGGAGCAGCAGCAGCAGCCCUGGCGGCGGCGGCGGCGGCGCCGGCUGCUUCGCUGCUCCGUCUGUGUGGCCGCGGGUUCGAGCCUCAGGUGGGGAGGAAAUAAUUUAAAUAUAUAUAUUUUUUUAAAAAACCUUUUAAACUAUAUUUCAACCAGGAGACAGGUUUGGGGGGGUUUUUUUGUGUGCGUGUGUUUUACAAAGUCGCCUUCCCAUUGUCUUUUAAGUGGGAGGGGGGAGGGGAGAAUUGAGCGUGAGUUUUGGGGGAGGAGGACAAAGGACGUCGGCUCCCUACGCGAUCUUUGCACGCGAGCGGCGGCGGGGGGGGGGGGCGGGAGAGAGAGAGAAAGAGAAAGAGAGGAGGACGCCUGGAAAGCUCGCACUCGGAUUGACUCCGGCGUCGUGUGGACGCUCGAAGCGGAGUCGCUCCGGUUUCUCGCGGGAAGCGCUCCUUUUGUCUGAUCCGUGUCUCCUUGUCUCCCCCCCCGCAAAAAAAAAACUCUAGGUAAUCGAAUGGACCACCAACCCACCCCCAGGAGUUGCAGCCGGGGGCCUCCAGCCUGCGACGCGGUUCAGAGCGAGCCGUCCAUGAAUGUGCUCGUUCACACGACCACCGGGGCCCGGUAUGAGCUGUCUGUGCCCGUGGAAGAGACGGUGGAAGGUCUGAAGCGGCGGUUGUCCCAGAGGCUGAAGGUCCCGCGGGAGAGGCUGGCGCUGUUGCACAAAGAAAGGUAAAUUACACGUGUACGCGUCUCUGUGUGUGUAUAUUAUAUUGCUAAUUCCCCCCUCCCUUUUCCUUUCUUCCUCCCCACCCCAUCCCGAAUACCCGUGUAGAGAAGUUAGGCUUAAAUCCGGAGCAAGAAGUUCGGGUUGCAGCCUGCGAAGUUUUACUCGGGAGUAGACCCGCUGACCUUAAGGCAGCGUCUCCGUGUCAGUGGGUGGUUGUGAACUCUUGCUCGGGAGGAGACCCGUGGGAAAGGGAUGUGCCCGAGUUCGCUGCGUUCGGUGGAAAGUGUGCGAGCUCUACACGGGAGUAGACCUAUUGGAAGGAAUGGGCUUGAGGAAGCUGCGCGCCCUUUUAAUUGCACAGCUCCGGCGAAGAGCUUGGGCUCCAGCGCCUCGCUUUUCGACCUGCAUCCCGGAGCCCGAGACGUUGUUCUACUCGGGAGUAGGCUUCCGCAGAUGAAUCCAGGAGGGCUUAAUCCUAGGGCAACCAGGGCCUGGUGGGAUCUUGGCGGCGGUGUGUGUGUGUGCGUGAGAGAAAGGGUUUGGGGCGGGGGAAUGGUCUACUCGGGAGUAAGCUCAGCCGGGAAGCUUUGCCGUGCAACUUUUUCAGAAGGGCAGGAAAGUGUAGCGGAUCGCGCUCAGAGUAGACCCGUUGAAAUGAGUGGAAGUGAGUUGCAGACUUGGGUCCGUUCCUUGCAAUGGCUGGAUUUCGACCCAGGAGGGGCCAAAAUGAAAAAUAAAAAUCAUUUCUGCUUGCUUUUGUGGGGUGGGUGUGUUUGCACCCGUGUUCACACGUAUGACACACUCGUGACCCUCCCCCCUUUUUAUAUAUCCCUGCUAUAAACCUGUCUUUUGAUACGUGCUGGUGCAUAUUUGCCAAAAAUCGCCUAAAAUGCAUAUAUAUUGUCAUUUGCGUCGGGUUCCUUUGAUGGCACCAGACUAGGAUGUGUAAAAGGGGUGUGUUUAUAAAAGAGAUGCCUUCAGCCUAGAUUUGGUGUGUCCCCAAAAUACUUAUUGUCCCCGAAUAGCCCCCAUUUCCAUUUAUCCCACUGUUUAUGAACGGCGGGGGGGUCUAGAAAAACCACACUCUGAAAUUACCCACUUACAAUUUGAGAUAUUUGGUGAGAAUAUUUAUGUGGGUCCUUGCAUGGGGUGGCUGGUGUUUUUUUCCGGGGGGGGGGCAUAUUUUUCAUACCUAUUCCCCCCCCCAAGGAAAAAAAUAUCUCCCGGCCUCUUUUUGGGGGGUUCCCACAAAAGGAUUUGUCUGGAGCAUAGCUGGAAAUUCUCAAUGUGGCCCCCAAAUCUACCUGCCCCCCCCAAUCCUGGCCUGGCCUUCUCCCUCCUGUCCUUUGUUCGGAAGUUUGAUUCUUGCAAUUGCAGGACGCGCCCCCCCCCCCGCCAGCAUACUCCAUCUCUGUGCAAACCGUAGCUGCUUAAAAAUAAAUAAAUCAAUAUUUGAGCAUCCCUACGUUGCAGGGAAUCUGAAACAUUGUAUUCUCAUUUUAUUAUUUUGUAAUUAUGCAGAGGAUUUGUGGAAGUCUAAUUGCAACAGUAGCUUAUAAGGGCCAGGCUGGGGGGGGCGCGUCCCUCCUCCUCCUCCUCCUCUCUCUCCCUUUGUUUAACAAAAUCUCAGCUUUGUUAGGGUAGAGAGAGACAGAUCAGUUCCUAAGAUGCAAGGAAGCAGUUGCCUUUAUCUGAGGAGCCCUUGAGGGGGAAGGAAAUCUCCCCCCCAUUUGUCUAUCUUCCCUCCCACCCCCUGUCUGAUCUGCUUUUUAUUUUAUUUUUUAAUGCAUAAAUCCAAAAAAAAUAUAUGCAUUUUUAUGGUCUCCCUUCUUCACACAACUAGGUAAAAACGGGGGACAGUUCAGACUUAAAAAUCAGGGAACAGUAAUGUCAUUUUAUUCUAUAUUUUCCCCUUUAGGUACUGGGCCUUGCAAUAUAAUAUGGGGGGGGGAGCCCCUCUUUUUACAACCAUAAAUUUAUCGCUUGCUGUCUCUCCCCUUGGAAAAAUAUGGCUAUUUCUCUCUUCAGAUACAAUGGGGGGUUUUUUUGCAAUGAAUGAAUGGAUAAAAUAAUCUACCCAGAUCUGUCGCUGAAAUCGUCUGGCAGAGUGGGUAUGUGCAAAGAGAUAGUUGCUUGACGGAUGACUGCGGAAUACCAGCUGCCCUGUGUCUGGGGAGGGGGGAGAGACUGACUUAUUAUAUUGUGUUUACAUAAAAGGAGCGGAAAGGGGGAGAGGCUGAAGGAAGACACUCCCCAUUCCCCAAAAAAGAGAAAUACUGGAAAGAUGAAUAAUCAGAGGUUCUGUGUUCUGAAAGCAAUUUAAUUACCAUUUGUAUUUUUUUAAAAAAAAGUAACAAUGCUUUAUCCCUCCUCCCUCCCUCUGUUUCUCUCCCCCCUGCUCACCCCCCAAAAAUAUCCUUUUAGUCGACUUAAUUCGGGCAAACUUCAAGAUCUGGGUGUUGGAGACGGGAGCAAGUUGACUCUGGUGCCAACGGUGGAAACUGGCUUAAUGGUAAAUAAAUUUCAUUUCUUAUCUCCCUAAGCUUCAGGAGGAGCCCAAGAUGUGGCGCCCACCGGGUGCUUUGAACUAUAACUCCCAUCCGCUGCAACUGGGUGUGUGUGAAUGGCCAAUGAUUAUGGGAGUUGUAGUCAGAAGGCAUUGAGUAUGGCGAUGGAUGCCUUAGUCAUCCUCUAAGGCAGGCAAACUCCAGAUGUUUUGGGACUACAAUUCCCAUCGUCCCUGACCACUGCUCCUGUGAGCUAGGGAUGAUGGGAGUUGUAGUCCCAAAACAUCUGGAGGGCCGAGUUUGCCUAUGCCUGCGCUAAGGAACCACAGCUAAAAGAAUCCCUGGCAGACGGCUACCCAAACUCUGCAGAAACUAGUAAAAUUCUGCGUGCUUUUUAGGUCUGGCCCUGCACACCUCUGCCAUGCGGCCCCCGGAAGAUUGGCCCUGGGCCUAUUAGUCCCCCGGCUAGGAAAAGGUUCCCUAACCUUUAAUUUAAUUUUUGGAGCCCCUCUGCAAGCUAACAGGUCACUCAAAGGCAGCCGGUGGGGGGGUGAGGAGAUAAGUUAGCCUCCCCUUGGGCUCUUUCCCUUCCUGCUUGCCUAGAGGCGAUUCGGAAUGCUCUGUAGGUGACUAAUAAUAAUAAUAUAAUAAUAAUUUAUUAUUUAUAACCCCGCCCAUCUGGCUGGGCUUCCCCAGCCACUCUGGGCGGCUUCGCAAAGAAAAAUUUAAAAUACUGUAAUACAUCAAACAUUAAAAGCUUCCCUAAACAGGGCUGUCUUCAGAUGUCUUCUAAAAGUCUGGUAGUAGUUGUUCUCUUUGACAUCUGGUGGGAGGGCGUUCCACAGGGCGGGCGCCACCACCAAGAAGGCCCUCUGCCUGGUUUCCUGCAACCUCACUUCUCGCAGUGAGGGAACCGCCAGAAGGCCCUCGGCGCUGGACCUCAGUGUCCGGGCAGAACGUUGGGGGUGGAGACGCUCCUUCAGAUAUCCUGGACUAGGCAAAGUGUCGAUUUUUGGAAAAAGAGAUUUAUCUUAUUUUCCUUGUUUCUCCUCCAAAAAACCCACCUUCUACAGUCGCAAGCAUCCAGACCGGAGCAGUCCGUAAUGCAAGCGUUGGAAAGUUUAACAGAAACUCAGGUAAGGACACUUUUGGCUCGGGACGUGUGUGUGUGUGUGUGUGUGUGUGUGUGUGUGAAAAUUUCUCCCAAAAUCUUAUUUUGUUCCAUUGCCUGAAAUCGCCCUGCGAGGACCACAGGGCUUGGUCAGUGGCACGCUGCCUCAGCCCUGGUGACCUCCAGAUCUGGAAAUACCUAGUUUUCCUAAAGAAUUUGACCCUCCCUGUGUAUUUAAAAGAAGGAUUUCAAAAGAAAAACGAGCUCCGCUUCUGCCUUUGGGUAAAACUUCCUCCUUUCCUUUCGGAUCACUUCCCUGAUCACCACCGUAUUGAUUUGGGAACUUUAGUGCGCUUAAUUUUGUACCUCGAUUGUACAUCUUUUCUUUUCCCCAAUCAUCUGUGGUCCAGGACAUCUUCGGCCCCGUGUGUAUUUUAUUUUAUUUAUACAUUCAACGUAUCUUUAAUACAUCUUUAAUUGUCGCCAUUUAUCUUACUUCCCUCCCCUCCGUGAGGGUCUUAAUUUAUUCCUUGUUAAAUUGCAUCUCCUUAAUGACCUUUAAUGUACGUAUUUUAUGUACGCUGUGCUAUUUUUACCUGUUAGCCGGCUUUGGUCGGGGAGGGCGGGAUAAAAAUAAAAAAUUAUUAUUAUUAAAGCACUAUCUUGACACUUUAAAGCAGUCGCUUCCCCAUAAAAUCCUGGGAGUUAUAGUUUCAGGGUGCUGAGAGAGCGCUGCAAUUCCCAAGAUGGUUAAACAGCCCAUUCCUCUUUGUAGGGGAACUCUGGGAAUUGCAGUUUUCUGGUGGGAACAGGACGCCGCCUAACGACUCUCAGCCCCCUGAAACUACAGUUCCCAGAAUCCUUUGUGCACCGUGACUGCUUUAAAUGUGGCGCGAUGGGACUUGAGAAGGGGGAGUGUCUGCUUUGUAUGAUCUCAUUUUUUGCGAGGCUUAAAGGCCAUAGAGUUGAAGGAGGAAGUAGGAAAGAGUGCCGCUCUUUCCCACUUCCUCUUUCAUCUCUAUGGGCUUUUCGAGGCUUUGGAUGAAUUGCACCAAAUCUGAAUUUUCGUUUUAUUUUCGCCUGCUCUGGUGGAGGGAGGGCAGAAGGGGCUAGAGGGAGGUGUUGCCGUGGGGCUUGCUCUAAAAAUGCAGAUGCGUCUGUGGGGGCCUGAUAAGUUGGCAACCGCUGCCUUUAGAGAGAACCUAGAAGCCUAGCCUUUUGAUGGAUUUAACUGAAUCCUGUAAGGGAAACUUGUGACUUUUAAAGGUGUGGAAUUGUCUCCCACAUUACGAUGGGCUUUCAAAGCUGGGGGGUUCAGGACCCUUGGAAAGCCAGGGUUGUCAUUGAUAAUAAUAAUAAUAAUAAUAAUAAUAAUAUUUGAGAAGUCUUCAAGGAAGGCUGCUUAACACUGAUUUGGCUUGGUAAUCCUUCAAAGCUAGAAGAAAAAGGCAGCGGGAUGAGGGUCUCUCGGCUAUAGGUCUACUCUGAGUAGGGCUAACAUUGCACAUGGCUCAUGGCAGUCUAAAUUACCUAAAUGAGUCCUGAUCUGUUGGUCUUCCGGGGCGAAUGAAUCUAAAAUGCUCUCAAAAGAAAAUUGUGGUGGCUGGCCAGGAAUUGGGCCAAGGGGGUGGGUGGGAAACAUCUCCCCUUUAUUGCCCCCCCCCUUGCAAGCAAAGAAGUUCCCUUCAUCUGCCAGCUGCCACAGUUUCAUAUCUCUGGCUUUGUCCUUCGCCAUUAGUCUGCUAGCCACAGAAAUGAACGAACAGAACCGGCCGCAAUUUAAAACACAUCACAAAAGGAAAAAGCAUUGGGGAGGGAAGAGGAAACCAAGCGGGCACCGAUUCUUAAAAUGGUUGUGGUCCCGUUGAACUUAAUGAACAAGGUGAACUGGGGGGGGUGUCCAUUAAUUCCGGGGGUGGGGGCAGCCUACCCUGAGUCCAACAUAGCUGAAUGAAAACCGAUUGUCUUUAUAAUCCUCAUGUGAUCAAAACGAGCGUUUUGAUAAUGUGAUUUAAAAUCAAGGUGUGAGCCCCUUUCCAGUCGUCCUGUCCCCCCCGCAGCCCCAAUAAGUAAAAAUAAGCAUUCUCACAAUAGCAAAGCGGAUGCCUGUCAUUUAAUUCCAAUAGACCCACAACUUGUAGUAAUCACCCAGUUUGGGGUGGUUUUUGUUGUUGUUUGCGAUUAUUCCCCAACACCAGAUUCACCAGAGCAUUAUAUCACUUUUAAGGCGCCUUGAAUUUACUACGUGGUGCCCAGGGUUUAAAAAAACUAAAGGUAAAGGGACCCCUGACCGUUAGGUCCAGUCGUGGCUGACUCUGGGGUUGUGGCGCUCAUUUCGCUUUACUGGCCGAGGGAGCCGGCAUACAGCUUCCGGACUAAGCCGCUUCUGGCGAACCAGAGCAGCGCAUGGAAACGCUGUUUACCUUCCCGCCGGAGCGGUACCUAUUUAUCUACUUGCACUGGCGUGCUUUCAAACUGCUAGGUGGGCAGCAGCAGGGACCAAGCAACGGGAGCUCAUCCCGUCACGGGGAUUCGAACCGCCAACCUUCUGAUCUGCAAGUCCUAGGCUCUGUGGUUUAAUCCACAGCGCCACCUGCGUCCCUUAAAAAAACUAGGCCCACGUUUAUUUAUUUUUUUAAAUGAAUGUAUACUAGGGCAAUGUUGUGGGACGGCCACUUUAUUAUUAUUAUUAUUUUGUCUCCUGCCCCAGCGCAGAUAGGCUUUUGGCUGGCGGGGGGGGGGAGAGAUUUGGGGUGCAGAGUAGCAGCAAGGGGGGGGUUGAAAGAGUCCAAUUUCUCCUUCCUCUCCCCCCCCUCCACCCCACAGCCUGAUCAUUAUAUGGAGAAGAGAGGGGCGGGGAAUUUUUAUUUAUUUGAUGCGCUCUCUCUCUCUCGGAGCCUCGGGAAGAGGCAAGGCUGGAAUUUGAGGGGGGGGUUGGCCUAUUGAUGGCAAGGGGGGGUUCACACCAGGAAUGCAUGCAUUUUUUUGUGGAGGGGAGCUGAGCCGAGUGGCAGCCGGCCAUCUGUUUCUGGUGGGGCUGGCUUUGAUUAUUCUGGCUGCUGCGAAACCCACAUUCCUUCCUCUUUGUGGAGACUUUUCUCUUGGUAGCAAAAAAAUGUAUUGGGGGGGGGUUGGGGGGGGAAGAAGCGUGCAAAAUCUGGUUGCGGGAGGGUGGCCGGGUUUAAAGACUUGCCCUUGGCUUCCUCUGAAGUUUUGAUGCUAGCCUGGCAUUUAUUUCGAAGUUCUUCUCCAUUGAAGUGAAUGGGUCUUAGUUGUGUCACGAUGGCUGUACUGAAUCAGGCCCAGUGGUUUUGGCGCAGAAUCCUGGCCAGCCACAUGCUUUCCCUUUAAUUUCGAGCCUGCGCUACUUGCAAUCUUGUAUGCAUUUAGUGCACGUUAUUUAUUUUAUUUUAUUUGUAUGCUGGGUCUGACUGGGUUUCCCCAGCUACUCUGGGCGGCUCCCAACAGAAUAUUAAAAACACGACAAAACGUUAAAAACUGCCUUAAACUGCCUUCAGAUGUCUCCUAAAAGUCAGAUAGUGGUUUAUUUCCUUGACAUCUGACAGGAGGGCGUUCCACAGGGCGGGUGCCACCACCGAGAAGGCCCUGUGUCUGAUUACCUGUAACCUCGCUUCUCGCAGGGAGGGAACCGUCCUAAGGUCCCAGGCUGGGUGUCAGCAUUAAAGCACAACUUUUUAAAACAACUUUGCGACCGGGAAAAUUACCAUUUCGUGCAUCUCUCUUCGUAAAUAUUCAUUCUCUGUUUAGUAAAUAAAUAUUAUUCAUCGCCAUCUUCGUAUUGUGAAAUGUUGCGUUGUUUUUAAUGUUGUGAACCGCUCGUGAGAUCUAUGGGGCCCUAAAGAAAUUUAAUAAGUAAUAAAGCUCCCUAGAAUCUGUCAUAUGUCCACUGUAUAUGUGUGUAUGUGCAUGUAUAUACCGUAUUUUCCGGCAUAUAAGACGACUGGGCGUAUAAGACGACCCCCCAACUUUCCCAGUUAAAAUAAAGUUUGGGACAUACUCGCCAUAUAAGACUACCCCUCUUCCAACGCACACCAAAUAAAAAUUUAAAAAAACCAGUCUCCAGUCCGGCUCAGAAAUCCGCUCCACUUCCCAGUGGCCGGGGGCUUCUGGGGCCAAUUUUCAAGCGUAUUUCUGCUUCAUCUAGAGAGCUUGGGGUCCUCUGAUUUAAUUUGCGGUCGUUUUAUCCUUUGGUGGGGAGCUGCUGCCGGAGCUGCUGCUGCUGUAGCCGGCGUAUAAGACGACCCCCGACUUUUGAGAAGAUUUUCCUGGGUUAAAAUGUAGUCUUGUAUGCCAGAAAAUACAGUAUACCUAAAUAUCUCUAUUUAUAUGGCAAGCUCUGCGCCUGAAGGCUUGCAAUCUUUAUGAAUAUUAUUUAAAAACAAACACACACACACACACACGAGAGGAAAGAGAGUUGGGGAGGGAAGAGGAAACCAAGCAAACUCAAGGCACCAAACUGCUUCUGUGUUCUUCCUAGGACAGGGAAAUGGCGGGGGGGUGAACCUCUCCUCUCCCCCACUCCCCCUAGCAAACCUCUUAUUUGCCUAGCUUUUCCACAGAAGGGAACACCCAGUUACUGUCCGGGUAUUUACUUGGGGUGGGGAACAGAGUCACAAAACCAGGAAGCCCCACCUCUCAUUCAUCCUGCGACUGUUCUGCUCGCCUCAAACGGCUGCCCGUCUUCUUUCUGCUAAGAGCAGAAAGAUCUGCUUCCUCGAAUGUUUGGGGUGGGUCUUACGAAAGAUCUGACGCCCUUUCCUGAGAUCUGGGAGCAGGGCGGGGGGCUGAAAUCUCUCGCUUCCGUUCGUUGAGAGACGGGUGGGUGUGUUUUAUUUAAUUACUGUUGCUGCGUUCUCCAAAGCAGCGCUCCCCCACAACAAACCUGCGAGGUAGAUUAGGCUGGAGGGGGUGCAAUUGUGGGGGGUGGGGUUUGAACCCCUGUCUCCCACGGGUUCCCCGCCCUCGAUGAAUCGCCUGCGAGGUCGGCCGGGCCGAGAUAGCCAACGCCUGCCCUGAGGUCACCCAUUCAGCUCCAUGGCCAAGUGAGGAUCAUAGCUGUCAAGCGUCCCUUAUUUGGCGGGACAGUCCCUUAUCCCAGGGCCAUAUCCCGCUGCUGUCCCUUAUUGAUGAUGUCCCUUAAAUAAGCUACUGAAGGUAACGGGGCCCUUUCUAUGUCCAGCUGUCCUUUGUCAACAACAAAUUGUUGCUGUUUUUUUGUGUUGAAUAUAUGCUAUAUGGUAAUUAAUGGACCUAAUAGGUAUCUAAAGCCAUUCGCAUGCAACAAAAUAUGUAUUUUAUCAAAGUAAUUGUUGAUCCCUUAUUUUGGCUGCUGAUCCCUUCUUUUCGAGGCUGCUGGUCCCUUAUUUUCAAAUCUGUAAGUUGACAGCUAUGGUGGGGAUUCGAACCCAGAACCUAGUAGUAGUAUUAUUACCCUGCUGAGAAUCUCCUUUUUACAAGCCUGUGUGGGUUUGCUCGGCCUGAAAUCAUAACCUCUCUUGGGUUGUGUUUUGGUUUUCGGGAUGGGCACCGUUUUUGGCGAUGUUGUUGGACUACAACUCCCAUCAUCCCUGAGAUCUGGCCUUGCUAGCUAGCUAGGGGCGAUGGGAGUUGUAGUUCAACAACACACAGGUUGAGAAAGGCUGGUUUGGACUGAGUAACGCUGUGCUAAACUUCCUGUUCCUCCCUGACGUUGAGUGUCGUUGUUUUUUGUGUGUGUUUAUUUGCUUUGCAAAGGGUGGGGUGGUCCAGGAAGUCUGUGGGGCGCCCCUCCAGUGAUGCGUGCCACCCUCCUCUCAGGGAGGGCGCCAACCGCCCGCCCGCCCCACCCACGGAGCGUGGCCGUGGUGCCACCCUCCCUGUGCGGCGGGGAAGCGGGCAAGGCGAGGGUUACCUCGGGCCAAGUUUUCUGAACACGUCGUCAGAGAAAGGAAGAAUUCCGUGUACUCUGAGUCAUCUCUGGUUUCUGGGAACUGGGGCUCAGCUCUUGAGCUGGAUUCAGAGGCAAUCAAUUUAUAUUUCUUCCUUCAGAAGGCUUUCUGAAUCCUAGCAGGAAAAUAAUAUUUUUCCCCCCUUUUCAGAUGGUUGGCGCAGAAGUACGUCUCUAUCUCUUUUUCUUUCUUUCUUUCUCUCUCUCCCGCCCUCAGCCCAAACCCAUUGCCAUCUCUCUAGAGAACAUGGAGUUGGGUUUCUGUGUGUGUGUAUCUUUUUCCCACCCACCCAGUUCCCUCCCAGAAGACUGUGCGAUUGUGAAACUUGCAUCCUCCGGCGCAGAUAACCCUCUGAGGUUAUGUUGCAAUCACUGUGACUGCAGGUUGUUGUUUUUUUAAAGUUCCCAGCCCCCCUCCUAGCUUGUGGAAAGGCUUAUCGGCGGCCUUGACGCGUUUGUCGAGGGCGGCAGGAUCCCUGAGCAUAUGCAGAGUGCAUUCCCCACCCACCCAGGGCGGGUGUGCAGUUGUGCAACUUCAUCCUCCAGAGCAGGUAACAGGUUUUGAGUUUUGAUUUCCCCCUCUGCUGUGUUUUGCAGAAAGGUUUCUCUCUGCUUCCAGGGCAGCAGGGUUUCUGAGCUUGCGCAGAGUUUCUUCCCCACCCCCUUGCCUCUGUCAUGAGCCUUUGGAGUGGGCGUUUUGCGUGAGGUGUGUACCUGUAUUUCACGUUACAAGUUGACAAGUUAAGAGACAUUUUGACCAGAGUGUGGGCUCAGCCUAGCCGCAGCCGAGUGGUAAAUCAGGUGUUUUGCACGUAGAAAGUCCCAGAUUCCGAUUCCCAGUAUCCUACAGGUAGACAAAAAUGAGCCAGGUAACAAAACAGCUUCCUGUCUUCCUGGCUCUAAACCAGGAAGUGGCAACAAUUCCUUAGAGCGCGCGCAGAGUGCCUGGCAACCAGAACCAGACCUACAGAGCUAAGGGAUUUAGGGAACUGCAUAUCCACACUGGAAGGUGCGACCUCAAGCCGUCUUCCUUCCCAUUUGUAAAAAAAAGUGGCACCUCUAUGAGCCCGCUAACUUUCCUCUUCCCUCCCCAGCGCUCUUUCCUUGCGUGGUACGUAUUUGAACGUAUUCGUUCGUAGAAUUGUAAAGUGCGAAGCAUACUGCUAGGUUCCUCUGGUCCAACCCUUUGCAAUGCCUCAGACCUGGGUAUGCUCCCCCCCCCCCCUUAAAAUGCCCCCCCCCAAAUUACCUGCAUUAGCGCUUUCUCUCUUUUAAACCAGGCCCAGUGAGGUAUAAAGUUGGCAUGUGAAUUGGCCAACCUGGUGUCGUCCUGGGACUCCCAGUUCCCACCCGCCCCUUGCCCCCAGGCCGGGAACUGUAGCGCGAAGCGCCUGGCGGGCGGUGUUGGGCGGGUGUCUUCAUCCGUGGUUCCUUUGACCCGUUGUCUCUGAUUCCAGGCUGGCAGAUCUACGCAGGAUCUGGCCCUUUCUUCUGCCUAUUUGUGUGUUUCUGUGCCUGCGUGCAGAUAAUUGGGCCCCUUCCUCCUUUCUCUGUUUCUUUCGUUCUCUCUCUCUUUCCAAAGAAGCGAGCGCCAGGGGAAGAUUUUAUUUUUAGUCCUGCCAGGCUCCUGUGGCACGGAGGUGGCUGGUACUCAAGGCAGCCUCCGGUUAAUGACAGCGAAGGGCGCUCCAUCUUCAGCCUGGCCUCUGACGUCAGAGGAAACGCGAGGAGGAGGGCAGAGCGAGAGACGGGCUCUCUUCUGUGGCAGGGGCAGAGUGCCUUAAUGGUUGGAGCGCCAAGCGGAAAACAGAUGGCAGCUUUAAACAAAAAACUGAGGAGGGGGCGUUGAGCCUUAAGGGGGCUCUGAGCUCUGAGUCACGGGUGGGUUUAGUUUUCUCCCAGCUGGAGAGCCCUCCGUUCUUAUUUCAAAGAGCUGUGGAACUGGAAGGGGGAACCCCAAAGGCCAUCAAGCCCAACCCCUUGCAAGGCAGAAUUUUUUUUUUUGGUUUUUUGGCAUCAAAUGCAUGUAGAUUCUAAGCUAUUUCCCCCCGUACUGGUGCACAAUCCGGAAUUAAUUGGUGUUUGCUUGGCUCAUUCCUCCCUGUGCUAUACCCUCAGUCGCAGAGUCUGUGAAAUGGGUUUGCGAUAUCCUCUGAGGCUGCAGUGAUAUAAUGUGCGGUCGUUAUUUCAUUUGUUCUCCUACGGCUUCACGUUGUUGGAAUGCUUUCUGGUCAAGUUUAUGGCCCUUGCGAUUUGCGGUGGGGUGUGUGUGUUGCUUUUGUAUUUUUCAACGGCUGGCUUUUGUGGGGGGGCCACAAAAUAGGUCUCUGCAUUUCUUGACCUCCCACGUUCCCCUGGUGCCUAGUUUCUAUAAUAAACAGAUAAUCUGUUUACCUGGGGGGUGGGAGGCAGAAUAAACCCCCUCCACAAAAUUUACCCCCCUUUUUGCCAGGGGGACAGUGUACUUGAAAUCCCAGCAGAGGGGCUGCUCACGAAUUUACAGCGGUGAGGGGGGCAGAGAGAAUUUAUCCUUGCAGGAAAGGCUCCCCCAGACCUUUUCUGCGUAUGGAAAUUGCCAUCUGGGCUGGCGUGAGGCUUUUGAGAACAAAGGAGCUCACUCCAUUCAUCUGGUGGAGCGAUAUUAAAUUUUUUUGGGGGGGGGAGCCUUAAAAAAAAGCAUUUUUUUUUUUCCUGAUGGGAAGAUUCUCUUCCAGCUGCGUGCGACAGACGCCCCCACCCCUCCGCUGUUUAAUCAAAAUCAAUAAUAAAUAUUGCUUGCUGCCUAUUGCGCGGUGAUGGGUGGUUGUUUUUUUUAUAACCUGGCGGGUGUCCAGCGGUCUUUUGUGCCGCCGGUGGGGGCGGUUGCUGCAGGGAGAGACACACAGACCGGGAGUCGUGACUUGCGGCCGGCGGAUUGGGGGCGCGCGAGGGUGCCUUUGACGGCAGAGGCUCCUCUGCGGCUGGGCUGGUUUUGGAAUUUCGUGACUGGCGCAGGCCGGGGGGGGGGAGAGGAAUGCCAGACGCCUGGAGCUUUGGAGAACGCGGCUUCUUCCCUCUCUGCCCCCCCCCCACAGCUCUCCAGACUUGGGGGGAGGAGCAAAGGCCAAAUUUCUAGUCCUGUAGAUCUGCCCUGAGUCACCUCAAACCCUCGUCGGAGGGCACGAGGUUGUCAUAGAUCAGGGGUCAGCAAACAUUUUCAGCAGGGGGCCGGUCCACUGUCCCUCAGGCCUUGUGGGGGGCCGGACUAUAUUUUGCAAAAAAAAAUAAUGAACGGAUUUCUAUGCCCCACAAAUAACCCAGAGGUGCAUUUUAAAGAAAAGGACACAUUCUACUCGUGUAAAAACACACUGAUUCCCGGACCGUCUGCGGGCCGGAUUGAGAAGGCAAUUGGGCCGGAUCCAGCCCCCGGGCCUUAGUUUGCCUACCCAUGUCAUAGAGGCAAGCAUUUGUUCUGGCCCUGAUGGAAGACACCAUCCUUCGCACUUGCAGAUAGACUGCCCUUUUGCAUGGCUGUUCCAUAUACUAGCUCCAAAUAAUUCGGUUGGAGGGGGGGUUGCUUGUGAGUCGCCUCCCCCUCCCUUGCUUCAUUCUUGCUGCAACCCUGGACUGGUUUGUUUGAGAGGCUCUGAGCUUCAUGGCUGUGGGGUGGGGUCUGAGUUCGAAUUCUCCCUUCCAGAGGCACCAUGGGGGUCAUCUGGUCCAACUCCCCUGCAAUGCAGGAGACAGAGCCCCCCCUCAAAGAUACCUGGGUUUCAGUGCAAGCAGUAUUUCCACAUACCCUUCUUGUGGCAGUGAGUUCCGUAGGGUAAUUACCAGAACAGGCGUGUUUUGCCCUCUUCUGUUUUGCCCCACAUCCCUGGUAGCAAUGUGGCGCAUUGCGGCGACCAGGAAACCCAGUCUCUGCCCUCGAGGCGCUUACAGUCUUGGGUUCCGGCUGCGAAUGAAGGCAGGAAGAGUGACGGAGGACUUACGUCUGCAAUCUUCGCUUCCCUGGGGAUAAGAAUGCUUACUCUACACUAGCUAGCGGGGCUGCACUCUGCACAUGCUCAGGAACCCCUUGACAUCACCAUUCCUGGGUAUUUCAGCCAGUGUUGGUGAAGAGAGUAGAGAAACAGUUACCAGGUCUGAAUAUGCAUGGUUUGUUAAAUCAAUGUAUAUUUUUUUAACAAACUGGCGGUUUUUUUGCUUGAUGCUUUCGACAUGUGUUUUGUUUACGGCGCUGUUCCUGCAGAAGAGAGCAGCGUUGAGGUCCGUCCCACUUCUUCCGUGUUUAGAUGCCUUCUAACCUUUCGAAAAUAAUAAUAAUUUGCGUGCUAGAGGCUGUUCAGGUCUGCUUCCUGCAGGUAGCAGCCCUCUAAACCUCACUCUGCUCAACUUCCCGGCUGUCCGAAACUCAACUUCGCUGCUUUGCGCCCACUGCCUGCAUCCGGUCCCCCUCAGUUCCCACGAGUUUCUCAGAAACUUCGAAGCCGGGGGGUGGGGGGUGUUGUCUUCCAUUUCUUCUGUGUGUGUAGAUGGGGCACGCACAGUUGUGGGGGGAGGUCUAGGGUGUCUAGAGGAUCCCAGCAGGUGCUGGGGGGGUUGGAGUCGAUCAGGGUCACGGAUGACGCAAAGAGCAUUUUUUGGGUGCGCUUAGAUUUUUAUUAUGGGACGUAUGUGGCGCUGUGGGUUAAACCACAGAGCCUAGGGCUUGCCGAUCAGAAGGUCGGCGGUUCGAAUCCCCGCGACGGGGUGAGCUCUCGUUGCUCAGUCCCUGCUCUUUCCAACCUAGCAGUUCGAAAGCACGGCAAAGUGCAAGUAGAUAAAUAGAUACUGCUCCGGCGGGAAGGUAAACAGCAUUUCCGUGCGCUGCUCUGGUUCGCCAGAAGCGGCUUAGUCCUGCUGGCCACAUGACCCAGAAGCUGUACGCCGGCUCCCUCGACCAAUAAAGCGAGAUGAGCGCCACGACCCCAGAGUCGGUCACGACUGGACCUAAUGGUCAGGGGUCCCUUUACCCUUACCUAGAUUUUUAUUACUUUUCUCUCUCCCUUUUGCUGACAUUUCUGCAGCAGCAAGAAAGGAGAAUUCCUCUCCUUCUGUGUGCAUUGCAAAAAAUUUCGGAAGCGUCGGUUGAACAACUAGGCAGCAAGAAAAACAGAAGGGAAACUCUGUUCCUAAAACCUCCACUGCCUUUGCAGGAGGAAUAAACUCCACAAAUCUCUAAGGCAGGAGUCAGCAAACCUUUUUCCAAAUCAAAUAUCCUUUAUUAGGCAUAGCAAAGCACACAUUAUCAAACAGACACAGCAAACUUUUUCAGCAGGGGGCCGGUCCACUGUCCCUCAGACCUUGUGGGGGGCCGGACUAUAUUUUGAAGGGUGGGGGAAUGAACGAAUUCCUAUGCCCCACAAAUAACCCAGAGAUGCAUUUUAAAUAAAAGCACACAUUCUGCUCAUGUAAAAACACCAGGCAGGCCCCACAAAUAACCCAGAGAUGCAUUUUAAAUAAAAACACACAUUCUGCUCAUGUAAAAACACCAGGCAGGCCCCACAAAUAACCCAGAGAUGCAUUUUAAAUAAAAGCACACAUUCUACUCGUGUAAAAACAUGCUGAUUCCCGGACUGUCCGCAGGCCGGAUUGAGAAGGAGAUUGGGCCGGAUCCGGCCCCUGGGCCUUAGUUUGCCUACGCAUGCCCUAAGGCGUUUUUGGAAAGGGACGCUGCGGCUCAUCUAGCCCAACCCGCCUGCAACGCGAGAACCUUUUGCCCCACGUUGGACUCGAACCCAGAACUCUGGAAUUAGAAGCGUCUCGUGGUUUUAAAAACCCACCCACUUCGCGGCUGCUUUGCAGACCCUUAUCUCAGUGGCAGCAUGGAAGGGAGGAAGCACCAGAUUAUUAUUCAGUUUGCUUCUCAUACCCUUUACCUUCUUAAGUUGGCGAGGACGAAAUGUCUAGUUAUGUUCUUUUAAAAGACUCCUCCCUAGACCAGCGAACCCCACCUGCUUAAGCAAAUAUUUACUGCUGUCUCCCCACACCCUCCCCUCCCGGGGACCAGGGCUUGUUCUGGGACUUCCCCACCCAAAUCCCAGCAGAUUGCACAGGUGUGUCGGGUAUUAUGGUCUGCCCACGGUGGUGAUUGACUGCGGUGAGGUGGAAAAUGGGCGGUGGGGGCCUGUGUUUUGAGAAACCCGGCCCUCCAAUCUGCUGGCUUUCUCCACCACCCCAAUGGAGCGUCAGCCCCCAGCAGGCAGAAAUCCGUCAGGUGCAGCUGCUCCCAAACUCGGAAUGACGGACGGCAGAGCUGCACCUGUUGAACAGGCUGCCUGCCACGGGACCCAGUCUUUGAACUGUGAGUGGUGGGGUUUCGGCGUGAGGACUGUGCUCUCAUCCUCUGCUGGAAACCUGGGCCAAGGGGAAACUGUUCCUAGGUUGCUGUUUUUGUAAGGACUGGAGGAGGCAUAAUAAUAAUAAUAAUAAUAAUAAUAAUAAUAAUAAUAAUAGUAUUUUUUAAAAUUAGUUGUAUCCCGCUCCCCCAACUGAGGCCAGGCUCAGAACAGCUAACAUCAUAAAAACAACACAAUACGCAUAAAAACAGACCCCGUAUUUUUUAUCAUAAUUACCGUAUUUUUUGCUCCAUAAGACUCACCCUUUCCCUCCUAAAAAGUAAGGGGAAAUGUGUGUGCGUCUUAUGGAGCGAAUGCAGGCUGCGCAGCUAUCCCACAAGCCAGAACAGCAAGAGGGAUUGCUGCUUUCGCUGCCCAGCGAUCCCUCUUGCUGUUCUGGCACCUGAGAUUCAGAAUAUUCUUUUUCUUGUUUUCCUCCUCCAAAAACUAGGUGCGUCUUGUGGUCUGGUGCGUCUUAUAGAGCAAAAAAUACGGUAGUUAAAAAGUAAGACUGUAGCUGUGAGCUGCCUCUGAAACCAGGCUUUUCCAGGUAGCUGCUCACCUAUGGCGAGUCGGGCUGUGUCUCCAGGCGACUAUGCAGAAGUUUUUAAAAAAAUUCUCCCCUGUUCUUCGUUUGGAGAAUUCGGAGUAUGCGGGGAGAGAGAGCAGGGAACCAGCAAAAACAGACUCUGAAUCCUGAACCCGUUUCCGUUUUGAGGUUUGCAGCCCUGAGGUCUAGCAACUUGAUUUUCAUUCGCUCCCCAAGUAAAUUUGUUAUCGGACGCUGCUCUGGGACUGAAUGUGAGGAGCGUAUCGAAAUCCAUUAAUCCACUACAUAUGUUUGGAAGCCGGGUUGCUUUUUGUCUGUUCGCUACGGAUCUGGGCACUUUUUGAGAUAUCGUAGAUGUGAGUUUUCACAACUGCUCAAGGAGUUUUGUCCAUUUGCAUGCAGCUGGGGACCAUUUCGACUCAAGAAAGCGAGACGAACCUUUAGAAACGACUCGAUUUUGACCCCACAAUCUCAAAAGGGGCUGGUUUUGACCACUGAUUCCAAAACUGCAUGGAAUCUGACGACUUGAUCUCAAAACAGCACUGAUUUUAACCUUGUGGCUUCCAAACUGUGGUUAUUUUGGCCACUUGGCCCUAUAACUGGGCCAAUUUUGACCCCUUGAUGUCAGGGUGGAUUUGAUUUAAAUCUAAUCGAUUUAAAUCAGGAUUUAAAUCCCUAGUCAGUAAGACUUGAUUCUAAUCACUAGUCAGUAGGACAAUUUAAAUCUCUUUUUUAACAGAAAGACUCAUUCUUGCUGGCAAAAUCUUAAUUUUUACAACCAGAUGAAGGUUUCAUUUUUGGAAUAAAAAAAUUUCAGAGUAGUUUUUACAGUUACAUCAAAAAUGACUGAUUUACUAUUAGAAAUACAUAGGUUAUUAUGAAAUUAUUGCGCAGUUUAAUAAGUUAACUGUUUGUAUUUGGACAGCUUUUCUGCUGUACUUCAUAGGAAGGAGAAAAAUAAUCAUUUCCUUAAUAACAAUUGAAACAAUUUAUUUAACCAAAGCGGUAACAUUAUAGCUAUGUAUCCAUGUUUGUUAAGUGAUGUGGUUAAAUGGGUUUAAAAGGCAACAAGAAGCAAACUUGGACUGAGUUUUAGCACACAUGAAAAAGUUAAAACGUUUCCUGAUGUCGAAACAAAAUUAAAAAAUUCCUUCCAGUAGCACCUUAGAGAGCAACUAAGUUUGUUACUGGUAUGAGCUUUCAUGUGCAUGUACACUUCUUCAGAUACAAUGAAACAGAAGUCACCAGUCUGAAGUUUGAAGAAUUGUGCAUGCACACGAAAACUCAUACCAAUAACAAACUUAGUUGCUCUCUAAGGUGCUACAGGAAGGAAUUUUUUAAUUUUGUUUCAAAUAUGGCAAACCGACGCGGCUAUCUACCUGUAACAUUUCCUGAUGAAUAGCCUUUGGAGUAUAAUGUAACUUAAACAGAAAACUAUCUUUUAUUUUAGAAAUCUGACUGAAAUAAUAAAAAAAAAAUCUGAUUUAAAUUUUAAAAAUCCUAUUUCUUUUGAGUUUUACCCACCCUGCUUGUAUGGAGGCGGUUGGAGGAUAGAUGCGGCUAACAGAUUGAGGUUGAAUCCUGACAAGACAGAAGUACUGUUUUGGGGGGACGGGGUGGGUGGGUGUGGAGGACUCCUUGGUCCUGAAUGGGGUAACUGUGUCCCUGAAGGACCAGGUGCGCAGCCUGGGAGUCAUUCUGGACUCACAGCUGUUCAUGGAGGCGCAGGUUAAUUCUGUGUCCAGGGCAGCUCCACCUGGUACGCAGGAUGAGACCCUCCCUGCCUGCAAACUGUCUGGCCAGAGUGGUGCAUGCUCUGGUUAUCUCUCGCUUGGACUACUGCCAUGCGCUCUAUGUGGGGCUGCCUUUGAAGGUGACCCGGAAACUGCAUUUAAUCCAGAAUGCGGCAGCUAGACUGGGGACUGGGAGCGGCCGCCAAGACCACAUAACACCGGUCCUGAAAGACCUACAUUGGCUGCCAGUAGUUUCCGAGCACAAUUCAAAGGGUUGGUGCUGACCUUGAAAGCCCUAAAUGGCCCAGUAUCCCUGAAGGAGCGUCUCCACCCCCAUCGUUCUGCCCGGACACUGAGGUCCAGCGCCGAGGGCCUUCUGGCGGUUCCCUCCCUGCGAGAAGCCAAGUUACAGGGAACCAGGCAGAGGGCUUUCUCGGUGGUGGCGCCCGCCCUGUGGAACGCCCUCAUGUCAGAUGUCAAAGAGAAAAAGAACUACCAAACUUUUAGAAGACAUCUGAAGGCAGCCCUGUUUAGGGAAGCUUUUAACGUUUAAUAGGUUAUUGUAUUUUGUAUUACAUUGGUACCUCGGGUUAAGUAUUUAAUUCGUUCCAGAGGUCCGUUCUUAACCUGAAACUGUUCUUAACGUGAAGCACCACUUUAGCUAAUGGGGCCUCCUGCUGCUGCCGCACCACCAGAGCACGAUUUCUGUUCUCAUCCUGAAGCAAAGUUCUUAACCUGAAGCACUAUUUCUGGGUUAGCGGAGUCUGUAACCUGAAGCAUAUGUAACCCGAGGUACCACUGUACCAAACUUUUAGAAGACACCUGAAGGCAGCCCUGUUUAGGGAAGCUUUUCAUGUUUAAUAGGUUAUUGUAUUUUAGUGUUUUGUUGGAAGCCGCCCAGAGUGGCUAGGGAAACCCAUCCAGAUGGGCAGGGUAUAAAUAAUAAAUUCUUAUUCUUAUUCUUAUUCAACGAAGUGCUUGUGGGUUUUUUCCUCCCCUUUCUGCGAAUUCCGAGAUGUGAGAAUGAAUCUGGUUUGUUUUGAUUUUGAUACCUGCCUCCUUUCCGCCUCCGCCUCUCACUUCCUCCUCUUCUUCCCUCCCCAGGUAAACGACUUCCUGUCUGGAAGAUCCCCUCUCACCUUGGCCCUCCGCGUCGGGGAUCAUAUGAUGUUCGUUCAGCUGCAACUGGCGGCCCAGCAGAACGGCGGACAGCUUCAGCACCGCCACCUCAUCGCCAGCCGCGGCGAACCCCCGGCCACUGCGCCCCCAGCCGGUCCCGACUGCCCCGCUCUCCACGGGGGCGGCCACGCCCCCCACUUCGCCCGGGUCCCCACCCCGCCCGCUUGCCAGGAAAGCCCCGCCUCCCCGCCGCAGGCCCCGCCCACGUACUGUAGCUCCACCCACCCGACGCCCGUCACCGCCGGCAUGUUCCGCUCGCACGGGGCCCAGGCGAGCGGCGGCGCGGGGAGCGCCUCAUCAUGUUCGGAGGUGAGUCGUGGUCUCGUCCGCGCCUAGUCCAAGCCAGCAGGAGACUCGAACCCAGAACCUGAGCCUCGUGUCUGAGCUAUUGCAAUGGGGGAUUGUUUUGGGGAAAUAAGGUUCUCACGGUCAGGGCCCUGAUGGGGUCUUAUCAUCCAUCGCCACAGGAAGAAACACCGUAUUUUUCGCUCUAUAAGACGCACCAGACCACAAGACGCACCUAGUUUUUGGAGGAGGAAAACAAGAAAAUAAAUAUUCUGAAUCUCAGAAGCCAGAGCAGCAAGAGGGAUCGCUGCGCAGUGAAAGCAGCAAUCCCUCUUGCUGUUGUGGCUUCUGGGAUAGCUGCGCAGCCUGCAUUCGCUCCAUAAGACACACACACAUUUCCCCUUAUUUUUUAGGAGGGAAAAAGUGAGUCUUAUAGAGCAAAAAAUACGGUAGAUAGGGAGCUCCUUUAUACAGACCACUAGUCCUUCUGCUUCUGUAUGGUCUACACUGAUUCGCAGCGUCUCUCCAGGGAUGUUCCUGGCCCUAUCUGCAGAGGAGUAAACAUUGGGAGGGGGCCUUCUAUAUGUAGGGCAGGUGUCCGGCCACCGAGCUGUGGCCCGUCACCAUUUAGGGCCAGAAAUCUGCCGCACGCCAAGUCAGAGCGUUGGUCCAUCUCAUUCAAUAAUGUCUGCACGGACUAGCAGCAGCUAUAAUAAAUAAUACAGUGGUGCCUCGCAAGACGAAAUUAAUCCGUUCCGUGAGUCUCUUCAUCUUGCGGUUUUUUCGUCUUGCGAAGCACGGCUAUUAGCGGCUAUUAGCGGCUUAGCGGCUUUAAGAAAAAGGAAACAAACUUGCAAGAACUCGCAAGACGUUUCGUCUUGCGAAGCAAGCCCAUAGGGAAAUUCGUCUUGCGGAACGACUCAAAAAACGGAAAACUCUUUCGUCUUGUGCGUUUUUCGUCUUGCGAGGCAUUCGUCUUGCGAGGCACCACUGUAAUAAUAAAUUUUAUUUAUAUCCCACCCUCCCCAGCCGAAGCCGGGCUCAGGGCGGCUAACAACAAUAAAACAGUACAACACAACACAACACUCUAAAAUCAUUCCUUAUAAAAUUAAUUCAAAUUAAACCACUGGCAACCAUUGGGCCAGAGCUCCGCGAAGAUUGCCAAAGGAGGGAGUCAGGCUGUGCCCUGGCCAAAGGCCUGGUGGAACAGCUCCGUCUUGCAGGCCCUGCGGAAAGAUGUCAAGUCCCGCAGGGCCCUGGUCUCUUGUGACAGAGCGUUCCACCAGAUCGGAGCCACAGCCGAGAAAGCCCUGGCUCUAGUUGAGGCCAGCCUAACUUCUCUGUGGCCUGGGACCUUCAAGAUGUUUUUAUUUGAAGACCGUAGAUUCCUCUGUGGGGCAUACCAGAAGAGGCGGUCCCGUAGGUACGAGGGUCCUAGGCAGUAUAGGGCUUUAAAGGUUAAAACCAGCACCUUAAACCUGAUCCUGUACUCCACCGGGAGCCAGUGCAGCUGGUAUAGCACCGGGUGAAUGUGAUCUCGCAGCGAAGACCCCAUAAGGAGUCUCGCCGCGGCAUUCUGCACCCGCUGGAGUUUCUGGGUCAGUCUCAAGGGCAGCCCCACGUAGAGCGAGUUACAAUAAUCCAGUCUGGAGGUGACCGUCGCAUGGAUCACAGCGGCUAGGUCAGGGCGAGAGAGAUAAGGAGCCAACUGCUUAGCUUGGCGGAGAUGGAAAAAUGCCGCCAUCGGGGGGGUUUAGAUCGAAGGCAGUUCCCAGAUCUCCCUGGAGAUUGAACUUUCAUUCAGAGCAAAUACUCUCCCAUUUGAACCCACAGCUUCUCUUGCCCUGGCACCAGAAAACCACAAUUUUGGCCUUAAUUCAAAUUAGACUUUCUUGGGGGGGCGGUUAAGAAAAAGCCUUUUCUGAAUAUGGUUUGAGGCAGGAAUUCGCAUCUCUAUCCAGGAGGUUUCUAAGCAGAAGUUGGGCGGACAUUUUUCAGGAAUUCGUUGUCUAUGAUUCCGGGGUUGGACUAGAUGACCGCGGGGUGUCCUUUCUGAAUCUUUGCACAGACUUCAAUUUUCACCCCUGCCCUCCUUUCGCAGGUCGACUGCGCCACACGGAGCAAACCUUCACCCAGCGCCAGCCCCGUUCAGCCUUCCCGACCCCGCAAACCCGGCGCUGUGAUCGAAAGCUUCGUGAACCACGCUCCGGGUGUUUUUUCGGGGACGUUUUCUGGUAAGUCUUCGUUGACCCUUAACUUCUCUUCCUCUGACCCCUCCGCCUUUCGUGGGAACAAAAUACGGCUUCGUGUUGCGGUGUGUGUGCAAGCUUCAGGAACAUCACAGGGCGCUUUUGCUGGCUGAAGAAGAGCCCUGUGGAGCCCUGAAGCUGGCGCAGGUCCAUGUGCCGUUUUUACAAUCGAAAAUGGACUGUGGGAGCCAACUGAUGGGUUUCUGUACAAAGCAGAUCUGAAUCUGAUCUGUGCUGGUUUUUGAUAAGAGAAAACCAAGUGAAUUUGCAGCUCAACAUUUCUAAAAAAUUGUAUCUGUUUGCCUGGAGCCUUCAAUAUACACCUUUAGGCACCAGACAAAAAUGUUCCCUUUUAACCAGGCCUUUGGUUAAUCUGAAUUACAUCCUAUGCCCUUCCAAAAUGUGGUUUUUUCCAGUGGGGGUGGGGGCUAUUGGGUGGUUAUUUUUAUUCUUAUUAGUUAUUUUGUGGUUUUAUAUCUUGAAUUUAUUAACUGCCCUGAGAUCCCUGGGUAUAGGGCGGUAUAUAAAUUCAAAUUAUUAUUAUUAUUUAUUUAUUAUUAAAUGGGCUUGUUGGUUGCGGUUUGGGAAAUCUGUGACACUCCAGCCCCUUCAAAGGAUGUUGCAGGACCCUGAUAAUAUCCACUAGUGGUUAGGGAUAAAUUGGGGUUCUAUUCUAGACUUAUUCAACUUUUGGUCCCUCAAACGUUGUUGGCUAAAUCUCUCACCAUGCCUAACCACUGCUUGGGGGUCGUGGGGUUUGUAGUUUGGAGAGCCAGGGUUGGAAUACUCUCUUGUCGUCCGGCAACAUUGAAGAGGGGGUUUUUAAUCAGAGGUUGGGACGGUCACCUGCCAGGAAGUACCUAUUUUUCGCUCUAUAAGACGCACCAGACCACAAGACGCACCUAGUUUUUGGAGGAGGAAAACAAGAAAAAAAAUAUUCUGAAUCUCAGAAGCCAGAACAGCCAGAGGGAUCGCUGCGCAGCGAAAGCAGCAACCCCUCUUGCUGUUCUGGCUUCUGGGAUAGCUGCGCAGCCUGCAUUCGCUCCAUAAGACGCAUACACAUUUCCCCUUACUUUUUAGGAGGGAAAAAGUGAGUCUUAUAGAGCAAAAAAUACGGUAUUUCGCUGUGAUCCCCAAUUUUCAGGGGGUUGGACUGGAUUCUGUUGAUUCGAAGAGGUACCCCAGCCAAGCUGCUUUUAAAAAAAGCAAAAAACCAAAGAGAACACUGGAGAGUUUGCUCCCUGGCCCAGAUUAUUGCCACUUCCUCUUCUCAUGUGGACUAGAAACCUGCCCUUCAAAAGCUUUAACAUUCACCCUAAGCAAGCGCGGGAAAGGGAAGUUAACAAGACUCUUUUCUGACAGUCUCCCUCUGCAGGUGGCGGCCUCUCCUUCUUCCUUGGAGGCUUUUUGGGAAGUUGAGAUCGCUGAGUUGCCGGGGUUGGACUGGAUGACCUUUGGGGUGUCCCUGCCCACUCUAUAAUUCCAAAUUUUCCCUCCGCACCCGACCACAAACACAAAUUCUGGGGAAGAGGGAGGAAAAACCAGCCAAGCAACUUCAUGUGUUUAGAUUGUGAAUCGAUAACCUUGAGGGCUAGCGACUUGACUUUGCUUCUCUCUCGCAGGCACUUUGCACCCGAAUUGCCAGGACAGCAGCGGGCGGCCCCGGCGGGACAUCGGCACCAUCUUGCAGAUCCUCAACGACCUGUUGAGCGCCACGCGGCACUACCAGGGCAUGCCCCAGUCCCUGACGCAGCUGCGGUGCCAGACUCAGUGCUCGCUUUCCUCGACUUCUUCGUCGCCGUCGCCGCCCCAAUCCCCAGAUCUCGCCAGCAACACUACCUCAGAGAAAAUCGCAGCAGCUGCUAGCCAGUCCUUACACUUGGGCGCCCCCUGUGCCAGCCAAGUGGCAGCGUCUAAGCCUUCCGGUGAGUCCUGCCUCUGAAAAAGAGUCCAGAAUGUGGCUCGGGUCAUGAGGUCUAGUAACUUGCUUUGCUGUUGGUCUGUAAGGAAGCUGCCACUUUCUGCAUGCAAAGGACCCAAGUUCGAAAGCCGGCCUCUCUGGGUAGUAGGGCUCUGUCUGAAACCCCUGCCGGCCAGCACUGUGCUAAAUUGAGCGAUGCACAGAAUAAGCCCAAGUCCCAAAUUUGGAACAGUGAGGGCUAGCGUCUUGACUUUUGUGACUUUUGUGACUUUUGCGUUGUACGUGGAUAUAUUUAGGCAGUGCCGUAGCCCCAAGGAGCUUUCCUCGCACAAGGUCCCGGGUUCAGUUCUCCCCUGGAGCGCUGCUGCCGAUCAGUGCAGGUGGUAUUGAAUUAGAUGGGCGCGAUAUCGGGCGCGUUCCUUUUUGCUCCUUUUCCCCAUUCCUCCCUUCUUAAAAGGGGACGCAGGUGGCGCUGUGGGUUAAACCACAGAGCCUAGGGCUUGCCGAUCAGAAGGUUGGUGGUUCGAAUCCCCGUGACAAGGUGAGCUCACGUUGCUCGGUCCCUGCUCCUGCCAACCUAGCAGUUCGAAAGCACACCAGCACAAGUACAUAAAUAGGUACCGCUCUGGUGGGAAGAUAAAUGGCGUUUCCGUGCGCUGCUCUGGUUCUCCAGAAGCGGCUUAGUCAUGCUGGCCACAUGACCCGGAAGCUGUACGCCGGCUCCCUCGGCCAAUAAAGCGAGAUGAGCGCCGCAACCCCAGAGUCGUCCGUGACUGGACCUAAUGGUCAGGGGUCCCUUUACCUUUUACCCUUCUUAAAAAAGGGAGAUGCAGCCUUGUAGAACCUCUUAAUGUCUGCAUGCAAAUGGGGUGCAGCAAAAGGAAAGGACUUGAUAUUUUAUUUUAUUUUAUUUACUCUCCCCCACUUCCCCCCCCCCCAAGUGAUAAGUUAUCCGUGCUGAGCACGGUGGGGUGUUUUGUGUUACAUGCAGAAACUCUCCCUGCAGAGUAAGUCUGGAUGUCAGGGGGGAGAGAGAGCGAGGAAGAGAAAGAUGUACUCUUGAUUUUCUGUUUGGCUUGGAUAUUCUCGGUCAGGGUGACCCUGUUUGUUGCCAACGAUGAACCGAACCGCUUCUGUCUGGAUGCUAAUAGAUGAUAUCAAUCCCUUCUGCAAACCCUUCCAGUUUUGGCCUCUUCCGUUCAGUUUUCGUGGGUGCAGUUUGCAUACUCUCUUGCCUAAAAUCUCCCAAAAAACGGCUUUUUCUCCUGCAUGCUUUUAAUGGGCCACUUUGCAUCCACAACCCGUUCUUCGCAGUUCGGAUCGGCUAAAUUGGGGGGUUCCCUUCCCUCUGGCAAAAGCGAGAAUCUCCAUUUGCGCUUCUGUUCAGUUAUGUGUCCUCUUUACUCCCAAGGUCUCUGCCCCCAGGCGCUUACGGAUUAAAGCAGAUUUAAACCACUCCAGAGGUUUUGAGAAGCGCCCCGCCCUUGCCCCUUCCUCUGUUCGCUGAUGGGAGCUGUAGUUCGAAGCGUUCAGAGGGCGCCGGGCUAUGGAAUUCUGGGGGAAAGUACGUGAAUGACUUUUGAGCAAUCCUAUCCUACUUAUCUAACGCGGGUGGUGCUGUGGGUUAAACCACAGAGCCUUGGACUUGCUGGUCAGAAGGUUGGCGGUUCGAAUCCCCGCGAUGGGGUGAGCUCGCGUUGCUCAGUCCCUGCUCCUGCCAACCUAGCAAUUCGAAAGCACGUCAAGUGCAAGUAGAUCAAUAGGUACCGCUCCGGCGGGAAGGUAAACGGCAUUUCCGUGCGCUGUUCUGGUUCGCCAGAAGCGGCUUAGUCCUGCUGGCCACAUGACCCAGAAGCGGUACGCCGGCUCCCUCGGCCAAUAAAGCGAGAUGAGCGCUGCAACCCCAGAGUCGGUCACGACUGGACCUAAUGGUCAGGGGGUCCUUUUUAUCCUACUUAUCUAAGUCCCAUUGGACUGAAUGAGUUAUUUUGCAGCCGAGAAACACAUAGGGAAUGCCCUGUGAGCUCAUAGUUUCAUUGGGGGGAAUCGUAGGAUUGUAGAGUUGGAAAGGGACCCCCAGAGUCAUCUAGUCCAACCCCCUGAAAUGCGGGAACCUGUCUUGCCCAACGUGGCUUUCAAAACCACGACCCUGAGGUUAAAAAUCCCAUGCCAUCCCAAACCCAAUUUAAGGAUUAAACUUGACCAAAUGUUGCACGAGGACCCCGUAGAACAGGCACCCCCAAACUCGGCCCUCCAGAUGUUUUGGGACUACAACACCCAUCAUCCAUGGCUAACAGGUCCUGGAUGAUGGGAAUUGUAGUCCCAAAACAUCUGGAGGGCCGAGUUUGGGGGUGCCGGCAGUAGAAGAACAUCUGGAUUUGUUCUCCAGAGGUGCUGGGACCCCAGCACAAUAGUGGCGUUUACACGGUCCUUCCUCGCCACUCAUUCCAUCCCACACAACAACCGUGCAAGGAAGAUUAGGCCGAGAGGCAGUGCAACCAGCCCCAGUCCUGUGAGCUUCAUGGGCAAAUAUGGCGCGAUUCGAACCCCAGUCUCCGCCAGGUUCUAGUCCGACAUUUUAGCCGCUGGACCACCGUUGCCUCGAGGAACUAUGGAACUCCCUGCUGCAGGAGAGCUGUUGAAAUUGACAUCCUGCUCCUUCCGGUGGGUCUACUCUUGAGUAAAACCCACUUGGCCCACCCUCCUUUUGUGUGCUGUCGAUUCUAUCCUCGGUUGGUAGAGCAGGAGGCGCUCUUCGUCUCAGGGCUGCCGGUUCGAAUUCCGCCUUGGGCGAACGUUUCCAGCAUCGCAAGGGGGUUGGGCUGGAUGACCUUCAGGGUUCCCACAGACAGUGGCACCUUUCCUCUUAUCCGCGUUGUUUUGCAAGCCCUGUGGGGCCGAGUUAGUAGAUUAACGAAGGGGGGGCGGGCGAUAGCUCCCUCUAUCUUUUUUCUUUCUCUAUUUUUUUCUCUCUUCCUGCUUUCACGCCUCUUCCUCUCUGCACCCCCGUAGGCUGUGUGUGGCAAAGGCCCCCGUCCCAAAAAUAGCAAGGCGAGCUGGCGGGGGCGCAGCAGAAAAACCGACACGGUUCCUGCUUUCCUUUCUCCUCCUCGGCGGCCCGCUCCCCCCCUCCUCGCCGCCACCGUCUCUCUGAGGCUCCUCUCUCGCGGCUUCUGCGGGAAAGAGGUUGACAGUUCCCUGUCUGGCAGCCAAGUUCUGGCAAGGCGGCAUUCCAAGCUGGGAGUACACGGGUGGCUCUGCCUCAUCCACCCUCCCCCCCCCAAAAAAUCUGGCCAUAACCUCCGAAUUCCCUUCCCUGCUCCUCCUGCCUCUCUCUGUGUCUCCACCAAAUUUGGGUUAUUUAAACAAAACAAAAAACUGUUGGGUUUGCGAUUUUCCUUGCUGCGAGAAUUGCGGGUGGGAGACGAGUGUGGGGUUUUUUCCUCCUCUCUCUCUCUCACCUGCCCUGCUCCCCUCCUGGACUUUUGGACCAGGCCGUGCUGGAUUUGAACCCGCUUCCUCUUGGGUUGACCUUCACGCAGCCAGGCUACAAAACAACAACAACAACAAAUUGUGUUGUUGUGCAGGAACGAAAGGGAACGCAGAUUAGCCUCGGCCGUAAGCAGUAGCUGCGAGGCUGUUCUUGCUGCCCUCAAGUCCUUAGUCCUCAUUGAGGCCAGAGAUGGCUCCAGGUUUAGAGACUCUGUACGAAAACACAAAUUUGAUGGGACCUGGAAACACCUCGCAAGAAUCACUUUUCCCCUAGGGGACCUCGGACAGCCACCCCACACCCUCCAGAAACCUUCAACUCCCCUCCUCCUCUUCCUUCCCCUCCUCGCACGCUGCCCUAUAUCCGUCGCAGAGUGGGCGCCCCCCCAAUCUGCACCCCCUGCAAAAAGACUGGCACCUUGCGACGUGUCUGUAGUUUUUUACGCUUGUGCAUGAAUCGUGAGUUCUGUGCAUCGUUCGGAUUCCACCUUCCGAACCUGUUCCUUGCUUGCUGGCUGGCCCCGCUCCACUGCCUAUCUCCAGAGUAAUUUUCUCGUCCUCUCCCCCAAUCCAGCCACUUUCCUUUCUGUUUCUUUGGGGGGGGGGAGUUGGGUGGAAACUGGGUUUUUUGGGGGGGUGGCGUGGCUGUCAGAACGUACCGAACUGUGUCAAGCGUGGCUUUGCACCCAAUUUCUGUGCGCGCACCUGCGGGUUGGCGGUUGUGUUCGUCAAAAGGGCGAGGGAGGGAGCAAGCCCACCCCUCCGUUUCCUAGAUUCUCUUUUAUUUUUUCCUCCUCGCUGCUUGAAAACAGGUCACCUUCCUUUCUUGCCCCCGUUUCUGAACCAUAAAAGGUUUUGACGGCUGGUGUGUUGUUAGCCUUGGUGGGGCUGCAUUGUGGGGGGCAGCCGCCAGUUGCCGACCAAAAACACGGAAGGAAGUGAGGCGACAAAAGAGCAGCCGUGCAGUUUUUUUGGGGGGGGACGUCCCAUUUAAAUGGGAAACCCUGGCUAGUUUGCAGAUGGUUUUUGUCCCAGAGAGAUCGCCCUGAUGAAAGCAUUUUUGCAUGUUCUCUAGUAAGGUAAAGGUAAAGGUACCCCUGACCGUUAGGUCCAGUCGUGGCCGACUCUGGGGUUGCGGCGCUCAUCUCGCUUUACUGGCAGAGGAAGCCGGCAUACAGCUUCCGGGUCAUGUGGCCAGCAGGACUAAGCCGCUUCUGGCGAACCAGAGCAGCACACGGAAACGCCGUUUACCUUCCCGCUGGAGUGGUACCUAUUUAUCUACUUGCACUUUGACGUGCUUUCGAACUGCUAGGUGGGUAGGAGCAGGGACCAAGCAACGGGAGCUUACGGGGAUUCGAACCGCCGACCUUCUGAUCGUCAAGUCCUAGGCUAUGUGGUUUAAGGCACAGCGCCACUUAUUUUUAUUUUGCUUGCACCUCAUUAGAAAUCGGAGGUUUUAGAAGCGAAGUUCAAUGGCUUAUCUGUCAAGGGUUCUUAAGCUGCGAUUCCUGUGGGUUGGAUCUCUGGUUUGCUUUGGUUUUGCCAGAAAGUGCAUGGGGGAAAACAGUGCCUCUGUCCAUGGGCACUGGGCUCACCAACCAACCCACCUCAAAAACAGGGCAGCUUUAUCAGGAGUGAGGGGGCGUGGCCUGAUUGUAGUAGGCGUGGCCUAGGGAAACUCCCAGGGGCCAGGUGGAGAGAUCUGGAGGGCCGCAUGCAGAGAGCCAGUGGUUAAGAGUGUCAGGCCUGUUAGCAGACCCGGGUUCGAAUUCCCACUCUGCCAUUAAGCUCCAUUAAGCUCAUCGCCUCUCAGCCUAGCCCACCUCUGCCGUCGAAGGAUCUCAAACUGGAGUACGUGGUUCUCUCCCCCCCCCCCAAUACGGCCAAUUCAUCUUCACAACAACCCUUUGAGGUAGACCAAGAGAUGACUGGUCCAAGAUCCCCCAGCCAGCUUCUUGGCCAAGUGUGAAUUUGAACUCUGCUCCUGCCAGGUUGAUAGGCAGCCGAUUAAAAAUGACAAAUAGCGAUCGUCCCUUGAUUUAAUUCGAAUAGCGAUUGUCCCUUGGUUUAAUUCUAAUUUAAAAAAACAAUUGCAGGGAGAGUCGAGGCGGCCCUGAAACCCCGUGGAUUGUCGAAUAAAAAUGUAAAGUUGACCCCUGACCAUUAGGUCCAGUCGUGGCUGACUCUGGGGUUGCGGCGCUCAUCUUGCUUUAUUGGCCGAGGGAGCCGGCGUACAGCUUCCGGGUCAUGUGGCCAGCAGGACUAAGCCGCUUCUGGCGAACCAGAGCAGCGCACGGAAACGCCGUUUACCUUCCCGCCGGAGUGGUACCUAUUGAUCUACUUGCACUUUGACGUGCUUUCGAACUGCUAGGUGGGCAGGAGCAGGGACCAAGCAAGGGGAGCUCACCCCGUCACAGGGAUUCAAACUGCCGACCUUCUGAUCAGCAAGUCCUAGGCUCUGUGGUUCAACCCACAGCGCCACCCGCAUCCCUUGCCAAGUUGAUAUGCAACAGAUAAAAAUGCCGAAUAGCGAUCGUCCCUUGAUUUAAUUCAAAUAGCAAUCAUCCCUUGAUUUAAUUCUAAUUUAAAAAAACAAAAAUUGCAGGGAGAGUCAAGGCCGACUUGAAACCCCGUGGAUUGUUGAAUGUUGUUGUUGUUGUUGUUUAGUCGUGUCCACCUCUUCGUGACCCCCUGGACCAGAGCACGCCAGGCACUCCUGUCUUCCACUGCCUCCCGCAGUUUGGUCAAACUCAUGUUCAUAGCUUCUAGAACACUGUCCCACCAUCUCGUCCUCUGUCAUCCCCUUCUCCUUGUGCCCUCCAUCUUUCCCAGCAUCAGGGUCUUUUCCAGGGAGUAUUCUCUCCUCAUGAGCUGGCCAAAGUCUUGGAGCCUCAGCUUCAGGAUCUGUCCUUCCAGUGAGCACUCAGGGCUGAUUUCCUUCCGAAUGGAGAGGUUUGAUCUUCUUGCAGUCCAUGGGACUCUCAAGAGUCUCCUCCAGGGAUUGUUGAAUAGACCUCCCCAGUUAUGAAACUCUUUUGCUUGGGGGGGCGGGCAUGUCUUGCCGUCCUCAUCCUGCCCACAGAGUCAGUCUCUCUCCCUCUCUCUCAUCCGGAGGCGUUAGUGCAGUCGUGGUCUCCUCGGAUGAAUUCCUCUAGAAUAAAUACCGCCCCCAGAUUAUGUCCUGCCUGUCACCAGCGCGGCGCAUAACUUCCGCCUCCUGCUUCCCUUUCACUCUCAUUAGUGCGCAUCGCUCAAUCUUUUCUUCUCCUUUGGUCUCUUCCCCCACGUAAUUUGACGCGGGGGGAAACUGAGGCACGGGGUGGAAUCGGCGGCUCGGCUAUCCAUCGGCUUUUGCCUUCCUGGUUCCGCAAGGGGGAGAACAGAGAGAGAAUGAGAAUGUCGGACCCUCCUGGCAAAGUCGCUCGUGGGCGGUGGGUGGGAUUCGAAUCCUGGACUCUCCCAGCUCCUAAUCUGGGACUCUUAGCUCCCUUGAGUGGGGUGGAUAGCUCAGCGGGUUUGAGCGUGUGCUGAAAACAACAAGGUUCAAUAUGCGCUAAAUAUUCCUGCAUUGCAGGGGGUUGGAAUAAUAAUAAUAAUAAUAAUAAUAAUAAUAAUAAAUGACUCUCAGGGCCCCUCUACAGUGCUUUUUUUCUUUUAAAAAAUGCAUUCUCUCAUUUCGACUCAAGAAAAUCACCAUUUUGCAGAAAAUGAAUACAGUAAAUGGACAAAACUACGAAAGAUCCACAAAACGUUUCGGGGUAUUCGUACCCCUGUGUGUGUGUGUCCCCCAGAAAAAAAAAUCACUGCCCCCCUUGCAAGGUAGGACCUGAGGAUUUAAAAAGGCUGCAGACAGCCGGGGGGGUGCGACCAUUUGCACGCACGCACGCACGAAAAAGAAAACCCUUGCGUUCUUCAGAGGAAAAGUGAGAUAUAAAUGUAUAUAAUGUUUUCGCAAGGCUCCCUUUUUCGUUUCGCCCCCCCCCCCAACCUAUCCGUUUUCUGGCGCCUCCAUCUCUCCCCCCCCCCCCGGCUCUUGCAAAAAAACCCCGCUCAAUUGUUCUCCCGCCCACGGGCUGCUAUAGCAAAGCCGCGGAAAGGGGGGGGUUAGAUAGAGAAAAGGGCCGCCUGUUGACGGCAGAGAGUGGGAGGCACGAAGUCAGAGGUGACUUCUUGUUCUCUCCUCCGAGACGGGAAGUGUUCGAAACCCUCCGGGGGGACGGGAGGUGGGGGGGGGGAGAGGCAAGAGAGCUAGAAUGAGAAGAAAGAGAGAGAAUAUAUAUAUAUAUAUAUUUUAAAAGAAGAAGUGUGCAAGAGAGCCAUUGUUUUUUUGAUGUUCCUUGGGCAUCCUGUCUCUGUUGCCAUGGAGACGAGGUCCUGGUUCUCCAUAGAUGCUUCCCCCGUGCUGAGGUUAUGGAAAGUCCUCCAUUUCGAGGCUGGCGUGCCUGCGUUUCUGCUCUCCCCCACAUGCACACACCACCCCCUAGGGCAUUGGGGUGUUGAAUGCCCUUGUUUUAUUUUUAUUUCCUCCAAUCUUGGUGGAAAAGGAGAGGGGUUCUUGACGGAGCUGCCAGGCAAGCCAUUUUGCUUUAUUUAUUAAAUUUGUAGGCUCCCCUCCCAUCAAAGCAUCCCGGGGCAGUGUGCAGUAUAAAAUACACAAUAAUAAUAAUAGGUCAAGGUAAAGGGACCCCUGACCAUUAGGUCCAGUUGUGGCCGACUCUGGGGUUGCGGCACUCAUCUCGCUUUAUUGGCCGAGGGAGCCAGCGUACAGCUUCCGGGUCAUGUGGCCAGCAGGACUAAGCCGCUUCUGGCGAACCAGAGCAGCGCACGGAAACGCCGUUUACCUUCCAGAGCGGUACCUAUUUAUCUACUUGCACUGGUGUGCUUUCGAACUGCUAGGUUGGCAGGAGCAGGGACCGAGCAACGAGAUCGGCAAGUCCUAGGCUCUGUGGUUUAACCCACAGCACCACCCGCAGCCAUAAUAAUAAUAAUAAUAAUAAUUUAUUAUUUAUACCCCUCCCAUCUGGCUGAGUUUCCCCAGCCACUCUGGGCGGCUUCCAGUUGAGUGUUAAAAACAGUACAGCAUUAAAUAUUAAAAAUUUCCUAAACAGGGCUGCCUUCAGAUGUCUUCUAAAAGUCAGAUAGUUGUUUAUUUCCUUGACAUCUGAUGGGAGGGUGUUCCACAGGGCGGGCGCCACCACCGAGAAGGCCCUCUGCCUGGUUCCCUGUAGCUUCACUUCUCGCAGGGAGGGAACCACCAGAAGGCCCUCGGAGCUGGACCUCAGUGUCCGGGUAGAACGAUGGGGGUGGAGACGCUCCUUCAGAUAUACUGGACCUCAGGCUGUUUAGGGCUUUCAAGGUCAGCACUGACCUUGAAUUGUGCUCGGAAACGUCCUGGGAGCCAAUGCAGAUCUCUCAGGACCGGUGUUAUGUGGUCCCGGCGGCCGCUCCCAGUCACCAGUCUAGCUGCCGCAUUCUGGAUUAGUUGCAGUUUCCGGGUCACCUUCAAAGGCAGCCCCACGUAGAGCGCAUGGCAGUAGUCCAAGCAGUAGACAACCAGAGCAUGCACCACUCUGGCGAGACAGUCUGUGGGCAGGGAUGGUCUCAUCCUGCGUACCAGGUGGAGCUGGUGGACAGCUGCCCUGUACACAGAAUUGACCUCCACCUCCAUGGACAGCUGUGAGUCCGAAAUGACUCCCAGGCUGCGCACCUGGUCCUUCGGGGGCACAGCCGCCCCAUUCAGGACCCUGUCCCCCAAAAAACAGUGCUUCUAUCUCUGGGGUCUCCUGAACACUGAGACCAGCAGGAUUCUGGGACCGCAGAUAAAGGAAGCUGGUAGACUGGGAAAUAGCAUGGUUGGGUUUUUUGAGUGGAUUUCUCCAAAGUCCCCCCGCUUUCCGACGCCUCGUUUAACGUCUCUGUGUUUUUUCCUUCGCAGGCGACCGGUUGCGGCAGACGGAGAACCGCGCCACGCGCUGCAAAGUGGAACGCCUGCAGCUUCUGAUGCAGCAGAAGCGGUUGCGUCGGAAAGCUCGCCGCGACGCCCGCGCCCCUUACCAUUGGCUCCCCAACCGCAAGUCCAGCCGCACGAACAGCAACAGUAGCAUGUCUAGCGAAGGGAGUCUUGACCUAGACUUCGAAGACUCUGUGUGGAAACCGGAAGUCAAAGCGGACAUGAAAUCCGAAUUUGUUGUAGCAUAAAAGGAAAAAACAAAAAACCUAGACCGCAGGGAGGGGAGGACGAAGAGACCGAAGUUUUUUGGGGGGUGGGUGGGAGGGGGCGUCGAACGGGAAGCCGGGGGUGGGGAGAAAGACCAUUUAGUAAUAAUUAAUAAUACGUUUUUGGGUCCGUGCGAGCAAAGUCCUUGGGUGCUUUGAUCCUUUUAGAAAACAAGAUACACACACACACGAAAAACACACACACUUAUUGGAUCACGGCGGACGGACCAGCCCUACGGAAAUCUCCUUCGGCAGAUUGGAACAGUAUUUUCUAUUCUUUUCGAAACUCGUUUGUUUUUUCGUUUUGAGAACUGAAGCGGCUUGGGAUGGAGCGAGAAAGAGACUUUGCUUCCCAGGAACUGGACUUGAAAGGAACUUUUUUAUUUUUUAAAAAUUCGGUUUUCUCUCUCUCUCGGGUGUGUAUGUGUGUGUUUCCCCCCACCCUCGUUUUCAUUUCGCGGUUCUUAUUUUUUAAAAAAGGAUGAGGGUCCUUCGAACAGCUAGCUGCCUUAGACCGACGAGUGGAAGGGAAGACUGACCCCGGCCAGGGAGGAGGAAAAAAGGAAAAAACAGUGAAGGGAGUUGGACUUUGAGAUGUGCGGAGAGCGGGAGGACUUUACAAACCUCUUGGUUUUCCUGGUUUCGUUAAUUUCGGGGAAAGAUGGGGGGGCGAACCUUUGUUUUUGGGUGUGUGGCGAAUGCAGCUCGCUUGCCUAUGAAAUUGGUUGUACCUCCCGAAAAGUUGGAGACUGUUUCGUUCCUUAAAAAACAAAUACUGAAAUCUUCCCUUUUUUUAUUUUAAAGAUUAUCUCUCUUCUGAAUGGAUUGGGUGGUUUCUGUGUUAACGGAAAGAGCUGUGCAUUUGUCCGGAGGAGAGGAGGGGAGGGCCCAGAUUCUGGAAUUUUUUUUGGGGGGUGGGGGUUGGUUAUGAUUAUUUUUUUAAGAGGAUGUGUGCAUGUACGUGUGUCUUAUCUCUCGUCUCUCUUCCUCUCCCCCUGUCCCGCAUCCUUAAAUAAUAUAGCAUUUCGGACCCCCCCCUCCCCAGUCCUGUCAAAUCAAAGCGCUUGUCCUCCCCCCUUUCCCCCACCCCAGCCAUCCAGUCUGCAUUUCCAGGAACCUUCCAUGCACUUUAGAGGUGUGAAUUGUGAAGUGGUAGAAGCCUGGGGUAUUUUUUCAUAUAUUUUUUUAAAAAACACGAUCAGGGCAGGGAGAACGCCCUUCUUGCCUCAUCCUGGCUUCCUUUUCCUCUCUUGAGAGUUUCCUGUUUCGUAUUUUUUUUCAUUUCUUUGCUGCAUUCUUUUUUUUAAUUGCGUGCAUUAAAAAUUAGAGGCCACCGGGCGUUUUCUCUCCCUCCCUUUAUCGAUGGAAGAUAAGUGUGAGUUUUUGCAAGGCGAGAGAUCUGCCCGGUACCAACCCUCUGAAGGGGGGGAGUCAGAGGAACCUCAGAACCGUUGCUCAGUGUCGUCCAAAGCCCGCUCCUCACCAGUUUACACUCAAAACACUCCGCCACCAUCCUCUAUAGCUCCUCCUCCUGGUACAGUCAUCUCCCGUGACUCCAUCGCUCUGGGCUGCUGACCCACUUCCUUCGCCAUUUGAGGAUGUCCCCGGGAUAUUAGCUUGGCAGAACCCAGAGCAAUGAUCCGGAAUAACCCCCGGAACAAUAAUCCGAAAUAUCCGCUUUUCCACCACGCGGCGGAAGCGCCCCCUCCCUCCGCAGAUAGAACUGCAAUUCCGCACGCGUCCGGGCGGGAAUCGAAAACGUAACCUCCCCGUUGUAGAGACCAAUAUUAUUAUUAUUUUUUCAGGAUCUCCUCCCCCAAAUCAGAUUCUUCUCUCUGUGUGUGCGUUUGUGUGUGCGUGCGUGCGCGCUUUUGGAAAUAAAGAUUUAGUGACAUGAAAUAGUAUCUAGUGAUGCUUAUUUAGAUACUUGGGGGGUUUUUUUAAAGAAAAAGAAAAAUAUUAUUUAUAGACUUAACAAUGAUCUGAGCCAGUAAUUUUUUCAUAGGCUGUAGUGUGUGUGUUUUUGGUGCCCCCGCCCCUCAUUUUUUUGUGCAAAUCUAGCAACCACAGUGUUUUGUGUAUGUGUGUGUGAGAGAGAGAGUGUCAGCAAUAGAAGCUUAACAUAAAUUGGGGUGGAGGAUGAGCAUACACUUAGGAUAACUUCGGAUUUAGGCCUUAAAAGUUUCCAGCAAUGUGGAUGUAAAAUAAAGGCUUGCAUCUGCAAACCCUGAUCUGUGUUCUGCCCCAUACGUCUGAGUACGGCCCAUUGCAAUUCACGGAAACGGCUGCUCCAAUAAUUUCAGGGGGUCUGUAGACUUUGCAGGGGUUUUGCAGAACGGGACAUCCGAACCAGUUGAAAGCUGGUCGCGCCUUGCAAAGUUUUCUGGGGAAUUUUGUACUGAAGGGGGACAGCUGGGAGAUGAUUUUUUUACCUUCUUGCAAAGGGUUGGACUCUGAUAACAAUGGGGCAGUUACGGACAGACCUUUGGAGAUUCCCCCUUUUAUUUCACCUUUCUUUUCUAAGUGUGUAUGUCUCUGUGUGUCCGACGAAACCAUUCCCACGUCCUUGAAUCGAGACUUGUGUAUGUGUGUGUUCACACAGUUACGUUAGGAGACACUUGGGGGUUUUUACCGAAGCAGCCGAAUUAGGUUUUAAUCCAGGGACAUUCUAACACUACCUUGCUGCCCCAAUGUACAUUAUAAUAAUAAUAAUGACCGGGGGUGGGGGGGAAUAAAAAGCAGACUGAACUUUAGAAGCAAGUGCCUCAUUCUGGAAUUGUUUGCACAUAAGUUUGGCCAUUUUGGGUUUUUCUUUGCCUUACGCCGAAUCCGCGAUGUUCCAGUCAAGCCAUCAAAUUGGCACCCUGUUUAAAAAGGUGUCGUCUUAGCCCUUACCACUGCGGGGGGGGAUCGUAGAUUUGGAAAGGUACCCUAAAGGUUAUUUUACCCAACCCCCCUGCAAUGCAAGAAUAUACGGCUGUCCCAUGCGGGGAUUCAAACCUGCAACCUAGCUAGCUGGUGCGGGUGGCGCUGUGGUCUAAACCACUGAGCCUCUUGGGCUUGCUGAUCAGAAGGUCGGCGGUUCGAAUCCCCGCUCCCGUUGCUCUGUCCCGGCUCCUGCCAACCUAGCAGUUCGAAAGCACACCGGCGCAAGUAGAUAAAUAGGUACCACUUUGGAAGGAAGGUAAACGGCGUUUCCGUGUUCUCUGGUUUCCGUCACGGUGUCCCGUUGCACCAGAAGUGGUUUAGUCCCGCUAGCCACAUGACCCAGAAAGCCGUCUUUGGACAAACGCCGGCUCCCUCGGCCUGAAAGCGAGAUGAGCGCCGCAACCCCAUAGUCGCCUUUGACUGGACUUAACCGUCUAGGGGACCUUUAUCUAACCAGCGGAGCUAUAUGCAUGCUGCGAUGUGGGCAAGGAUGUUUCUGGCCCCAGAGGACUUACUGAAUUUCCUUUCUGUGUUGGUUGCCGGUGCGUUAAAUUCGUACGUUUUUAAUUUUCCCAGCCUCUGAAACCGAACCCCGAAAUGCUGAUAAGCUGGGAUUUUUUGCACUGGUUCGAACCGUGAGCUGUUAGAUGCCAACACACUCUGGGGAGAAAGAAACCCCAGACUAUUUGUACGGCUGUGACCUCUGUCGAUGGGCCUUCUCUCCAAAAAGAUCUGCACGGGUCAUUUUUCAGUCUAGCAUCGCUUAAAAAGGGAGAACUGUUUAUCUUCCCCUCUGCCCGCAAAUGAAAGAAAUCCAAAAACUGCUUCCUCCAGAUAUUUUUUCCCAGCCAGCCUAAGCUGAUCCUAAAGAGUUAGCCCCAAAAUACCUCUGCAAAAGGCAAUUUUGGCAACGCAACUUGAGUUCAUCGCCUUCCCCUUGACCCUGCCCAAAUCAUUUGUAGCUAGCUAGGGAUACUCCCCCCACCAAAAAAAUACAACUUUCACGUCUCUAAAAAGGUGCACAGCCGCCCCCGAACCCGCCGCCAUAAGCCUCUAGCCUUUUCGCACACCAUCCGGGUGGUAGAGCUCCCAUUGGCUGGAGGGAAAGGAAGCUGCUCCCCCUCUGGCGAAAUAGUGUCGUUACACUUCCUGUUUCCUUCCCCUAGAUGUGAAGUUCCUUUCGUAUGUGACGCUGUAGCGGGUUUUUAAAUUUUUUUUUUUAAGAAAGAAAAUGUGUUGUUUUUUUUAAUUAUAUAUUUAAAUGUUACUACUUUUUUGUAUGGUGUGUGAAUGUAAUCUUAUCGAUUUCCCCCCCACCCAUCGUCAUUUCCCCACCCCCUCUCCCUUGCGUGUUUCUGUUUUUUGGUUCAGGAUUUUUUAAAAAUAAAAUAAAAAAUAAAGUCUAUAUAAUAAAACAACGAAAUAAGAGCCAAAAGCAUUACAACAUAACUCUCUUCUGUGUGGUUGAGUGUGUGGGUGUGGGUGUGUGUCUUGGAAGAAUGUGGGGGGGGGAUACGUAGACCUGUUUUAUCACCUCAUUUAAGUUACCUGUAUUAAAAAAAAAAGAAACUUUUAAAAAUAAUAAACACAAAAUAAAGAUUGCUUGAGCCACA